AAAUUUGCCAGGGGGCAGUCCGUGCUGGACAUGGUGUGUGGCCAUCUGAACCUGCUGGAGAGGGACUACUUUGGCCUGACGUUCUAUGACACAGACAACACCAAGGUCAGAAUCUUCAUUCUUACUCCCACCUAGAACCCUCCCCCUCACUCCCACCUACUGGCACCUACAGUGCCUUCAGAAAGUAUUUGACUUUUUCCACAUUUUGUUGUGUUACAGCCUGAAUUGAAACUUUAUUAAAUUGAGAUGUUUUGUCAUUGGCCUACACAAAAUACCAUUUUUUACAAAUUAAUUACAAAUGAAAAGCUGAAAUGUCUUGAGUCAAUAAGUAUUCAACCCCUUUGUUAUGGCAAGCCUAAAUAAGUUCAGGAGUAAAAAUGUGCUUAACAAGUCACAUAAAUUGCAUGGACUCAUUCUGUGCAUCAUGUUAUGGGUUUACUUGUCAGCAGCAAGGACUAGGGAGUUUUUUUAAUGAUGAAAAGAAACGGAAUAAAGCUAAGCCCAGGCAAAAUCCUAGAGGAAAACCUGGUUCAGUCUGCUUUUCAACAGACACUGUGAUACAAAUUCACCUUUCAGCAGGACAAUAACCUAAAACACAAGGCCAAAUAUACACUGGAGUUGCUUACCAAGACAAUAUUGAAUGUUCCUGAGUGGCCUAGUUACAGUUUGGACUUAAAUCGGCUUGAAAAUCUAUGGAAAGACUUGAAAAUGACUGUCUAGCAAUGAUCAACAACCAACUUGACAAAGCUUGAAGAAUGUUGAAAAGAAUAUUGGGCAAAUAUUGUACAAUCCAGGUGUGCAAAGCUCUUAGAGACUUACCCAGAAAGACUCACAGCUGUAAUUGCUGCCAACGGUGAUUCUAACAUGCAUUGACUCAGGGGGUUGAAUAUUAAUAAAGAUAAAAGUGACAGGGUAGAAUUUAAAACAUUUCUACCAUAUGGGUAACAGGGUUGACGUGUUAUGCUCGACACGCUCAGUUUUCCAACACAAAACACUGGAAAAUGGCCUAAAAGAGUAACCCAGCUCACCUGCUUUUACACUAUGAUUUGACUAUUAGAUGUUCAAUGUUUCUUUUGAAAAUAUAAUUAAAAAAUAAUAGUUUUACCAUGUUAAAAUGAGAGUUCAGUUCAUGUUACACUGUUGACCUUAAACUUGAGGGACAAAAGUACAUUAAUUACUAAUGACAUUAAAUAAGUACAUAUCUUCAGAAAUUACUUUCCCAAAGCAACUAAAUAACUAGGGCUUUACAAUGAUGGAGAAAACCUGGGAAAAUCUUGGGGUUAAGUGGGUUAAAACCUUGCCUGGCUAUCCAUCCACAUCGCUCCGGCCAAACGCCAUGCCCACUUAUGCUUCUUCUCCACGUCUGUAUUUUCUUUCCUCCCCGACUCUUUGAGAAUGCGAACACAUUCUGACCAUUCUGAUUGGUCUCCGAUCGGUUGAAAUCAACACAAACGACUUCUAGGAUGGCAGUUUCAGACUGAUGUAUGGAGCAAUCGAUAGAGCAGCAGAAUUUAAUUCACGAUGAGUCGUCAGGCAAGUAAAAAUUCUAGAAGAACAAACAUGACGUGGGACAUGCCAAAAUGGCGAUUUUCAGAUAAAACAAACAACUUUAAAAUGAAAACACACAGCUAUUUGAAAUUUAAAAGGGAUAGUUCGAGAUUUUGGCAAUGAAGCAUGCUAGCUGAUCCCGAAGACUUCCAGUCAUUGUCUCGCGAAACUACCUCUGACUUCCUUCAUACUAGACGCAGAGACAUAAAUAUGGUAUCCUUCAUUGCCAAAAUCUCGAACUAUCCCUUUAACAUGGUUUAGUUUAGUUAGAGCAGUGUUUCCCAAACUCUGUCCUGGGAACUUAGGUUUUUGCCUUUGCACUACACAGCUGAUUUAAAUAAUAAACUCAUCAUCAAACUUGGAUUAUUUAAAUCAGCUGUGUAGUUCUAGGGCAAAAAAACUAAAUGUGCGCGCCUUGGAGUCCCCAGGACAGAGUUUGGGAAACACUGAGUUAGAGCAUAGAUGUACAGUGUGUGAUCCAACUGUUACAUUUAGUAUUUUAUCACAAUUCACACCCAUAAUGUCUGAGGGCACUCUAUUCGUGGAACAACCCAUGUGCGGGUGACAUUGUCCUUAAAAACCUGAUAAUGUAUUAACCUUUUACUGCAGUGGGCUAAAUCAAGGUCACACUGAGUGUUUCUUGAUAGUCUUAAACACAUUUACUUUGAAACAAAAGUAUACACCUCACACACAUGGUUAUGGGCUUAAAAAAAGAAGACACAUGUACCAUGUCAGAUAUAGAGUUGAAAUGUAUUCAAUUUUGAGUUUGCAUCCCAAUAUUCCACUUUAUAUACAUCACAGAAGACUGAAAUAUAACACAACCGUUUGACAUAGAAACACCGGAUUUUCGGCUUAGAAAAGAAAUAAAAGUGUAUUAAUUAUGAAAUUAUGAAAAAUAUUUAUAACAUUCCACCCAUGAGGCCACUAGGUCAUUUGACUGCAGGAAAGGACUAUGCGGUGGUUGCUGUCCUCACAGUGGACCAGUCAGGGUGAGAGAAGGACAGAGACCAUUGCCCCUUGAAAUGUGAUUGGAAAUGACUGCCCUUUUAAAGGUGGCGCGUGGGGUCCACAGUGUAUAGACAAAGUAUCUCUCAGAAGACUCCUGUGACAUUAAGCUAAGCAGACAGGGCUUAACUGGCAUUUAUAUUCCUGUGUCCUGAGAAUAUUAAAGAGACAAUCCGGGAUUGGUACAUACAUUUUUGGACUUUGAUUCUUGAGCCAUUGAUUGUUGAAGAUAUAACUUUUAAAUGCUUCAUGAGCUUAGUUCAACUGUCCUUCCCCAUCAGAACCCAAAAUACACUACAGGACCAAAACAAUGUGGACACCUGCUCGUCGAACAUCUCAUUCCAAAAUCAUGGGCAUUAAUAUGGAGUUGAUCCCCCCCUUUGCUGCUAUAACAGCCUCCACUCUUCUGGGAAAGCUUUCCGCUUGAUGUUGGAACAUUGCUGCGGGGACUUGCUUCCAUUCAGCCACAAGCAUUAGUGGGUCGGCCACUGAUGUUGGGCGAUUAGGCCUGGCUCGCGGUCGGUGCUCCAAUUCAUCCCAAAGGUGUUCGAUGGGGUUGAGGUCAGGGCUCUGUGCAGGCCAGUUAAGUUCUUCCACACCGAUCUCGACAAACCAUUUCUGUAUGGACCUCGCUUUGUGCACGGGGGCAUUGUCAUGUUGAAACAGGAAAGGGCCUUCCCCAAACUAUUGCCACAAAGUUAGCAGCACAGAAUCGUCUAGAAUGUCAUUGUAGGCUGUAGCGUUAAGAUUUCCCUUCACUGGACCUAAGGGGCCUGAACCAUGAAAAACAGCCCCAGACCAUUAUUCCACCUCCACCAAACUUUACAGUUGGCACUAUGCAUUCGGGCAGGUAGCGUUCUCCUGGCAUCUGCCAAACCCAGAUUAGUCCGUCGGACUGCCAGAUGGUGAAGCGUGAUUUAUUACUCGCCGGCGAGCUUUACACCACUCCAGCCAACGCUUGUCAUUGUGCAUGGUGAUCUCAGGCUUGUGUGCGGCUGCUCGGCCAUGGGAACCCAUUUCAUGAAGCUCCUGACAAACAGUUAUUGUGCUUACGUUGCUUCCAGAGGCAGUUUCGAACUUGGUAGUGAGUGUUGCAACCGAGGGACAGACGCGCUACUCUCUUCAGCACUCGGUGGUCCCGUUCUGUGAGCUUGUGUGGCCACUUCGCGGCUGAGCCAUUUUUGCUCCUAGUCGUUCCACUUUACAAUAACAGCACUUACAGUUGACCGGGACGAACUGACUUGUUGGAAAGGUGGCAUCCUAUGACGGUGCUACGUUGAAAGUCACUGAGCUCUUCAGUAAGGACAUUCUAAUGCCAAUGUUUGUCUAUGUAGAUUGCAUGGCUGUGUGCUUGAUUUUAUACACCUGUCAGCAACGGGUGUGGCUGAAAUAGCCAAUCCACUAAUUUGAAGGGGUGUUCACAUAUUGUUGUAUAUAUAGUGUAUAAGCUUGUUUUACUCCAUCAUUUGAAAACAAUUCAAUUGUAAAAAAAAAUAAAAAAAAUAAAAAGGAAACGCUGUAUAGCUUCAGAACAUGGAUAAAACUAUAAUUUUGAUCUCAUAUAUAGUCAGUUGUCGCAUCCAUAGCUAGAUCAAGGAAUUGGAGAGUGGUAACAUUUCUCCAGCCCCAUCCCUCAGCAUACCUGCCAAGGUAUGUAUGGCGCCGUACCAAGAUAAUAUGGCGCUGUACUGGAUGGUUGCCGUUUUGGAAGCUCCCACCAAACUUUGCUCUUUUGUGCUUAUUUUCUUACUUAUUUUUAUUUUAUUUUCAAGAAAUGUAUCCGCUAUGAUUUCAUACAACCGACAAUAACUUUUGAACAUCAGAUCGGCAGUUACUUACCUCAAUUCCGGCUUCAACUUUAACUCAUUUGCCCUGGGCUCUUUCUGUAAUUCCGACCCAAUCUUCAGGCUUCCCAAGAAGAAAUAUGUGUCGACCCAUUGUUCACCCAUCUUGGAAUACCUGAUGGUCAAAUGCCAACCCUUCUACCUCCUGAGAGAGUUUUCAGCUGUUAUCGUGACUGUUGUAUAAAUUCCACUUCAGGACAAGAAAAAUAACAAGCUGGCACUUAACAAACUGUAUGAGGCUAUAAACAAGCAGGAAAACUUACAUCCGGAGGCUGCUUUUCUGGUUACUGGCGAUUUUUAUUCUGCGUCAUUAAGACACGUGAUGCCCAACUUCCAUCAACACGUCUCCUUCUCCACAAAUGCAGAUAAAGUCCUAGACCACUGUUAUUCAACCCACAAGCAAGCCCUUCCUCGUCCGCCAUUUGGCAAAUCAGAUCAUGACUCCGUACUCCUGCUUCCAGAAGAUCAAAUAGGAAGUACCCGUGACUCUCUCCAUUGAGAAAUGGUCACCAGAAUCAGAGAUUAUGCUACAGGACUGCUUUACUAGCGUUGAUUGGAAUAUGUUUAGAGACUCCGCUGAUAACAUUGACGAGCUAACCACCUCCGUCACCGGCUUCAUUAGGAAAUGCAUCAGCGAAGUUUAUCCCCACAGUGAAGGUUCGCUGCUUUCCCCAAUCAAAAGGCCUGGAUUAACACCGAGGUUGGUGCUAAACUAAGAGACAGGGCUACCGCACACAGGGCUGUCGCAGACAACCCUGAGGCUAUGGCUGAGGACAGGAACAAGUACAAGAGGUCCUGCUAUGACCUCCCCAGAGUCAUCAAACGAGCAAAAGGACAAUAUACUGUAGGAAUAAGGUAGAAUCAUAUUACAGAGGCUCUGCCGCCUGCCGCAUGUGGCAAGGGCUACAGUCCCUUACAGAUUACAAAUGAAGACCUAGCCGUGAUCUGCCCAACGAUGCCUCUCUACCAGACGAACUCAAAUCAUUUUAUGCACUCUUCGACAAUAACAACAUCGUGCCAGGUGUAAGGGCCACCACCGACCCAGAGGACCGGUUGAUCUCGCUCUCCGAGGCCAAUCUUUAAAUCAGGUCAACACCCGCAAGUCCGGGGGGCCCGACAGUAUUCCAGGGCAUGUUCUCAGAGCAUGCUCAGAACAGCUGGCAGGCAUAUUCACAGUAAUUUUCAACCUCUCCUUGUCCCAGUCUGUAAUCCCCACAUCUUUUAAGAUGACCACCAUCAUUCCUGUUCCCAAGAACUCUUCAUGCCACAAUGACUUCCGACAUGUAGCGCUCACAACUGUAAUCAUGAAGUGCUUUGAGAGGCUGGUAAUGGCUCACAUCAACUCCAUCAUCCCAGACAACCUAGACCCACUCCAAUUUGCAUAUCGCCCCAACAGGUCCAUAGACGACGCAAUCUCAAUUGCACUCCACAUUGCCCUCACCCACCUGGAAAAGAGGAAUACCUAUGUGAGAAUACUGUUCAUUGACUACAGCUCAGCGUUCAACACCAUUGUCACUUCCAAGCUCGUCACCAAGCUUAGGACCCUGGGACUGAACACCUCCCUCUCUAACUGGAUCCUGGACUUUCUGAUGGGCCGAUCCCAGGUGGUAAGUGUAGGCAACAUCACCUCAGCCACGCUGGUCCUCAACACGGGGGCCCCACAGGGGUAUGUGCUUAGUCCCCUCCUGUACUCCCUGUUCACCCACGACAGUGUGGCCACGCACGACUCCAACACCAUCAUCAAGUUUGUUGACGACACGACGGUGGUAGGGCUGAUCACCGGUGACGAUGAGACAGCCUACACGGAGGAGGUCAGUGACCUGGCAGUGUGGUGCUGGAACAAAGUCUCUCCCUCAACGUCAGUAAGACCAAGGAGCUGAUCGUGGACUGCAGGAAACGGGGCGAGCAUGCAUUCAUCCACAUCGGCGGGGCUGCAGUGGAGUGGGUCGAGAGCUUCAAGUUCCUCAGUGUCUAAAUCACUAAGACUUAAAAUGGUCCACACACACCACACAGUCGUGAACAAGGCGCGACAGCACCUCUUCCCCCUCCAAAAGUUAUACAGCUGUACCAUUGAGAGCAUGUUGACUGGCAUGGCAAUAGCACCACCCUCGGUCGCAUGGCGCUACAGAGGGUGGUGCGGACAGACCAGUACAUCACUGGGGCCAAGCUCCCUGCCAUCCAGGACCUCUAUAUCAGGCGGUGCGAAAGGAAGACUCCAGUCACCCAAGCAAUAGACUGUUCUCUCUGCUUUCGCACGACAAGGGGUACCGGUGCAUCAAGUCUGACUCCAACAGGCUCCUGAACAGCUUUUAUCUACAAGCCAUAAGACUGCUAAAUAGCUAACUAAAUAGCUAACAAAAUGGCUACAAGGACUAUCUGAGUUGACCCUUUUAUUUGUAUUUUUUUCACACUCACAGGGCCCUUCACACUCACGCACACUGACACUCCACAUCAUUUGCUCACUCACACAUAAUAUGCACGUAGAUUGAUACUGACUCUACACACACACACCCACUCACAUACAAUCAUAUACGCUGCUGCUACACUGUUUAUCAUAUAUCCUGAUGCCUAGUCACCUUACCCCUAUACAUAUCUACCUCUAUCACUCCAGUAUCCCUGCACAUUGUAAAUAUGGUACUGGAACUGACCCUGUAUGCUUACCUACUUCUUAUUUCUUCUUUUUAUUUGUUGUGUGUUUUAGUUCUACCUUAUGUUAUUUUUUGUAUUACAUUUGUAUUGCUUUCUGCAUUGUUGGGUUUAUAGCUUGCAAGAAAGGCAUUUCACUGUACUUGUGCAUGUGACAUAAAAAACUUGAACUUGAACUUGCUAGGCACCCCCCCUGGAGUUGCCGGAGCAGGCCUGCGCCUCCGCGGCUAAAGCGAGUGUGAGAAACUUGCUAGCAAUGUUUGCACUAUGAAACUAAAUAAAUACUUCACAAACGUCUUUGCUAGAACGUGUAUCCCUUGGGGUCCCCAGGACCGAGUUUGGGAAACGAUGAGUUAGAGCAUAGAUGUACAGUGCAUACGGAAAGUAUUCAGACCCCUUGGCUUUUUCCACAUUUUGUUACGUUAAAGCCUUAUUCUAAAAUUGAUUAAAUAAAACAUUUUCCUCAUCAAUCUACACACAAUACCCCAUAAUGACAAAGCGAAAACAGGUUUUUAGAAAUGUCUGCACAUUUAUAAAAACAAAAACAAAACAGAAAUACCUUAUUUACAUAAGUAUUCAGACCCUUUGCUAUGAGACUCUAAAUUGAGCUCAAGUGCAUCCUGUUUCCAUUGAUCAUCCUUGAGAUGUAUCUACAACUUGAUUGGAGUCCACCUGUGUUAAAUUCAAUUGAUUGGACAUGAUUUGGAAAGGCACACACCUGUCUAUAUAAGGUCCCACAGUUGACAGUGCAUGUCAGAGCAGAAACCAAGCCAUGAGGUCAAAGGAAUUGUCUGCAGCAUUGAAGGUCCCCAAGAACACAGUGUCUUCCAUCAUUCUUAAAUGGAAGAAGUUUGGAACCACCAAGACUCUUCCUAGAACUGUCCGCCUGGCCAAACUGAGCAAUCAGUGGAGAAGGGCCUUGGUCAGGGAGGUGACUAAGAACCCGAUGGUCACUCUGACAGAGCACCAGAGUUCCUCUGUGGAUAUGGGAGAACCUUCCAGAAGGACAACCAUCUGUGCAGCACUCCAUCAAUCAGGCCUUUAUGGUAGAGUGGCCAGACGGAAGCCACUCCUCAGUAAAAGGCAUAUGAUAGCCCACUUGGAGUUUGCCAAAAGGCAACUAAAGACUCUCAGACCAUGAGAAACAAGAUUCUCUGGGCUGUUGAAACCAAGAUUUAACUCUUUGUACUGAAUGCCAAGCGUCACGUCUGGAGGAAAACUGGCACCAUCCCUACGGUGAAGCAUGGUGGUGGCAGCAUCAUGCUGUGGGGAUGUUUUUCUGCGGCAGGGACUGGGAGACUAGUCAGGAUCGAGGGAAAGAUGAACGGAGCAAAGUACAGAGAGAUCCUUGAUGAAAACCUGCUCCAGAACGCUCAGGACCUCAGACUGGGGCUAAGGUUCACCUUCCAACAGGACAACAACCCUAAUCACACAGCCAAGACAACGCAGGAGUGGCUUCGGGACAAGUCUCUGAAUGUCAUUGAGUGGCCCAGCCAGAGCCCGGACAUGAACCCGAUCCAACAUCUCUGGAGAGACCUGAAAAUAGCUGUGCAGCGACGCUCCCCAUCCAACCUGACAGACCUUGAGAGGAUCUGCUGAGAAGACUGGGAGAAACUCCCCCAAUACAGGUGUGCCAAGCUUGUAGCGUUAUACCCAAGAAGACGGGGCGGCAGGUAGCUUAGUGGUUAAGAGCGUUGUGCCAGUAACCGAAAGGUCGCUGGUUCUAAUCCCCGAGCCAACUAGGUGAAAAAUCUGUUGAUGUGCCCUUGAGCAAGGCAUUUAACCCUAAUUGCUCAUUUAAGUCACUCUGGAUAAGAGCGUCUGCUAAAUGACAAAAAAAAAAAAAAGGACUCAAGGCUGUAAUUGCUGCCAAAGGUGCUUCAGUAAAGGGUCUGAAUACUUAUGUAUUUUGUGGAACGACCCAGUUAGAUGUUGUUGACUGAUUUAGGUAACAGCAGUAAGCUAGUUUAGCUGCUAGCAAUUGUGACUAGCUAGCUAACUAACAACAACAAUUUCCAAAAUAGUGACAAAGCAAUGGACAGAAAUGACUCAUGUUUGUGAAAUAAUCCGUCUGCAUUUAUUGUUGUUGUAGUUAAAGAUUCCUAGUAGUCCCAUUAUGCGUCUCCAAAAUCUGAACCCAUCCAUACUAGCUAUUUAAAUUGGUUUACAAGCCUCAGACUUUGGCAUGGGUAAAAAUGGCAUGUGCAUGUGCAUCUGGGCAGCCUUCCACACGUGGGACUUGGACUUGGUAGCUAAUUUGAAAUAUCCAAGUGCAUGCACGUCUGGUUGGCUGAGCUGGAAAAUCAGCUGUUUUUGACCGGUAUAUGCCCACAUUCUUUUGUUUCCUAACAGGCCAAGCAGGGGCACAGAGAAUAACUGCUUUUUUUAAAAUCUUUAAUUGGCAUUUUAGGAAGGAAAUUAAUUAAUUAAUAUUGUAAUUAAUUAUAGGUCAUAUUUCAUAGAAAUCUGCAACACUGGGAAGUUACUUUAAGGCAUUGAUGGUUUACUGAGGCAUUUAUUUCCUAUUGCUUUGUGGAUGCAUUUCGCCCCCAAUAGAGGAGAUGGCUUUGGAAGAGAGGAGUCAGUGCAGUAGUUAGCUCCCUGACAGGGUUUUCGUAGAGAGGGGCAUUGGCUGGUUUUUGCUGUGUGUUGUUCUCAAGGGGAUUUCUCCAUUCUUUCUUUCAGAAUUGGCUGGACCCGUCAAAGGAGAUCAAGAAGCAAAUCCGAAGUUAGUGUGACCACGCACGCACACACGCACGCACAAACACACACACAAACACACACACACACACACACACACACACACACACACCACACACACACACUCACACACUCACACUCACACUCACACUCACACACACAGACACAGACACACACACACAAAGAAACACACACACAGUGCUAACUGUGUGACUGUGUGUCGUUUAUCCACAGUUGGCUCAUGGCAUUUCGGCUUUGCUGUUAAGUUUUAUCCCCCUGACCCAUCUCAACUCACUGAAGACAUCACCAGGUGGGUUUGGAUUAUCAACAGCAACAACAUCCACUAAAUAUACUAUGGAAGUCAGAUUUGAUGUCUAACUGCCUUUAUUGAUAUUAACCAGUCCCUCCAGGAUUUUGCGAUUUAUGCUAGGGCUUGCAAAUUUGACCAAUCACCUCACUAUUACGGCAUUAAACAGUAAAAUCACUGCAAUUAUUACUUCAUAAAACUGUGUGAUCACUGCACUACAAAAAGAGAGCUCGCAAUUUUAACAAAUCACUUUGUUUGCAUUUUAAUGAGGGAAAUAAGUAUUUGACCCCUCUGCAAAACAUUACUUAGUACUUGGUGGCAAAACCCUUGUUGGCAAUCACAGAGGUCAGACGUUUCUUGUAGUUGGCCGUCAGGUUUGCACACAUCUCAGGAGGGAUUUUGUCCCACUCCUCUUUGCAGAUCUUCUCCAAGUCAUUAAGGUUUCGAGGCUGACGUUUGGCAACUCGAACCUUCAGCUCCCUCCACAGAUUUUCUAUGGGAUUAAGGUCUGGAGACUGGCUAGGCCACUCCAGGACCUUAAUGUGCUUCUUCUUGAGUCACUCCUUUGUUGCCUUGGCCGUGUGUUUUGGGUCAUUGUCAUGCUGGAAUACCCAUCCACGACUCAUUUUCAAUGCCCUGGCUGAGGGAAGGAGGUUCUCACCCAAGAUUUGACGGUACAUGGCCCCGUCCAUCGUCCCUUUGAUGCGGUGAAGUUGUCCUGUCCCCUUAGCAGAAAAACACCCCCAAAGCAUAAUGUUUCCACCUUCAUGUUUGACGGAGGGGAUGGUGUUCUUGGGGUCAUAGGCAUCAUUCCUCCUCCUCCAAACACGGCGAGUUGAGUUGAUGCCAAAGAGCUCCAUUUUGGUCUCAUCUGACCACAACACUUUCACCCUGGGAGCCAGAAAUCUUUCUGAUUGAGAGGGGGUCAAAAACGUAUUUCCCUCAUUAAAAUGCAAAUCAAUUUAUAACAUUUUUGACAUGCGUUUUUCUGUAUUAUUUUGUUGUUAUUCUGUCUCUCACUGUUCAAAUAAACCUACCAUUAAAAUUAUAGACUGAUAAUUUCUUUGUCAGUGGGCAAACGUACAAAAUCAGCAGCGGAUCAAAUACUUUUUUCCUUCACUGUAAAUAAUGCCAAUGAUAUACAGAUUUUAAAACAAACUUGGAGGCAAAUAAAAGGAAGAAGGAUGUAAGAUGCUAACCUCAUAUUCUAACUGUUUAGGUGUUCAAAGCCCAUGACUAACCGCUGUACCACAGAGUUUUGAUAAAUGCCUUGGUCAAAACGUAUAUCUGAACAUCAAAUGCUUCUGUUUAUUGCUGACCAGCAGGUGUCACUAAUGUGCAUUGUGUUAAAAGCUCAGAGUAAUUAACAGUUUUUCAGCACUAAUUGGUGAGAGCCCCAAAGGCUUCAGAAAGCCUUAUUUUCCCAUCACUAGGGGCUUUCUGUUUGAGGAAACCUAUUGGACAAAUACUAAAAGAGCAUAUUUUCCAUAACCUGUAGGUAGGUAGGUAGGUACAGUUCCUUGCAAAAGUAUUCAUUCCCCUUGGCGUUUUUCCUAUUUUGUUGCAUUACUACCUGUAAUUUAAAUUGAUUGUAAUUUGGAUUUCAUGUAAUGGACAUACACAAAAUAGUCCAAAUUGGUGAAGUGAAAUUAAAAAAAUAACUUGUUUCAAAAAAUUCAAAAAAAUUAAUAACGGAAAAGUGGUGCGUGCAUAUGUAUUCACCCCCUUUGCUAUGAAGCCCCUAAAUAAGAUCUGCCGUAACCAUUUACCUUCAGAAGUCACAUAAUUAGUUAAAUAAAGUCCACCUGUGUGCAAUCUAAGUGUCAUGUCAUCUGUCACAUGAUCUCAGUAUAUAUACACCUGUUCUGAAAGGCCCCAGAGUCUGUAACACCUCUAAGCAAGGGGCACCAUCAUGCAAGCGGCACCAUGAAGACCAAGGAGCUCUCCAAACAGGUCAGGGACAAAGUUGCGGAGAAGUACAGAUCAGGGUUGGGUUAUAAAAAAAUUACAGAAACGUUGAACAUCCCACGGAGCACCAUUAAAUCCAUUAUUAAAAAAUGGAACGAAUAUGGCACCACAACAAACCUGCCAAGAGAGGGCCGCCCACCAAAACUCACAGACCAGGCAAGGAGGGCAUUAAUCAGAGAGGCAACAAAGAGACCAAAGAUAACCCUGAAGGAGCUGCAAAGCUCCACAGCGGAGAUUGAAGUAUCUGUCCAUAGGACCACUUUAAGCCGUACACUCCACAGAGCUGGGCUUUACGGAAGAGUGGCCAUAAAAAAGCCAUUGCUUAAAUAAAAAAAUAAGCAAACACGUUUCGUUUUCGCCAAAAGGCAUGUGGGAGACUCCCCAAACAUAUGGAAGAAGGUACUCUGGUCAGAUGAGACUAAAAUUGAGCUUUUUGGCCAUCAAGGAAAAUGCUAUGUCUGGCGCAAGCCCAACACCUCUCAUCACCCCGAGAACACCAUCUCCACAGUGAAGCAUGGUGGUAGCAUCAUGCUGUGGGGAUGUUUUUCAUCGGCAGGGACUGGGAAACCGGUCAGAAUUGAAGGAAUUAUGGAUGGCGCUAAAUACAGGGACAUUUUUGAGGGAAACCUGUUUCAGUCUUCCAGAGAUUUGAGACUGGGACGGAGGUUCACCUUCCAGCAGGACAAUGGCCCUAAGCAUACUGCUAAAGCAACACUCGAGUGGUUUAAGGGGAAACAUUUAAAUGUAUUGGAAUGGCCUAGUCAAAGCCCAGACCUCAAUCCAAUUGAGAAUCUGUGGUAUGACUUAAAGAUUGCUCUACACCAGCGGAACCCAUCCAACUUGAAGGAGCUGGAGCAGUUUUGCCUUGAAGAAUGGUCAAAAAUCCCAGUGGCUAGAUGUGCCAAGCUUAUAGAUACAUACCCCAAGAGACUUGCAGCUGUAAUUGCUGCAAAAGGUGGCUCUACAAAGUAUUGACUUUGGGGGGGUGAAUAGUUAUGCACGCUCAAGUUUUCUGUUUUUUUGUAUUAUUUCUUGUUUGUUUCACAAUAAAAAAUAUUUUGCAUCUUCAAAGUGGUAGGCAUGUUGUAUAAAUCAAAUGAUACAAAUCCCCAAAAAUCAAUUUUAAUUCCAGGUUGUAAGGCAACAAAAUAGGAAAAAUGCCAAGGGGGGUGAAUACUUUCUCAAGCCACUGUAGGUAGGACUGGUGUCUAAACUGAUAGUUCAGAGCUUCUGCUCUUUUCUAUAACAUGUAGGGAACACAGUAUAUGGUCUAUACUUUGCAUGUAGGUUUCUCACUCAUGGGUGGCACAAAUUGGGAUAUGUCAGAUGGGAAUGGGUGGGGUAUAUGCAAAUGAAAUAAUGUAGUAUUACUAUAGUAAACAGUAGUGUUUUUGCGGACACUAGAGUUUUUUGCGGACAUUACUGUAGUAUUUACUACAGUGUUUUUUUGCGGAUAACACUGUAGUACUUAAUAAAGUAUUCUACAGUAUACUGCAAAAUUAUAUAGUUUAUACUACAUAUGAUCGAGGGAUACUACAGUGUGUAGUAUAGUAUUCUACAGCCUGAUUCCUAACCUUUUUCAGUUAUUGUACCACCAACUGAAUUUUGCUCUGCCCGGGGUCCCCCUGAAGUACUCCCUUAUGUGCAUUUUACCAGUACGCCUAUGGUCUCAUGAGUCUUCUCAAGUACCCCCUGUGGAUAGGCGAAGUACCCCCAGGUGUCCUAGUACCCCUGGUUGGGAAUCACUGUUCUACAGUAUACAAAAAAAGUAUAUAGUAAGUACUACACAAUCAAGGGAUGCUACAGUGUGUAGUAUAGUAGGUCACACUUUAUUUGUAUAGUACGGAUUUUUUAUUGUAAUUUUGUUUUGUCAGAGGGCGUGAGAGUUAUUUAAGAUACUCUUCAAAGAUGACUUUAGGUGGAAGCUUGUUCCACCAUUGGGGUGCCAGGACAGUGAAGAGCUUUGGCUGGGCUGAGUGGGAGCUGCCCUCCUGUAGGGGUGGGAGGGCCAAGAGACCAGUGGUGGCGGAACAGAGUUCUCGGGUUGGGAUGUAGGGUUUGAUCAUAGCCUGACGGUAAGGAAGGGCAGUUCCCCUUAUGGCUCCAUAAGAAAGCACCAUGGUCUUGAAGAUGAUGCGAGCUUAGACUGGAAGCCAGUGGAGUGUUUGGAGGAGCGGGAUUUGGACCUGUGCCGCUUCCUGUGUGAGGAAUGGCCAUACUCUACGGAUGUACUCCGCUUUGAUGUUUGCAGAGAAGGGUGUUGUUGUCCAGGGUCAAGCCAAGGUUCUUCGCACUCUGGGAGAUUAGGGGGGGGGGGGCAAUACAGUGGGGAAAAAAGUAUUUAGUCAGCCACCAAUUGUGCAAGUUCUCCCACUUAAAAAGAUGAGAGAGGCCUGUAAUUUUCAUCAUAGGUACACGUCAAAAUGAGAUUUUUUUUCUCCAGAAAAUCACAUUGUAGGAUUUUUUAUGAAUUUAUUUGCAAAUUAUGGUGGAAAAUAAGUAUUUGGUCAAUAACAAAAGUUUCUCAAUACUUUGUUAUAUACCCUUUGUUGGCAAUGACGCAGGUCAAACAUUUUCUGUAAGUCUUCACAAGGUUUUCACACACUGUUGCUGGUAUUUUGGCCCAUUCCUCCAUGCAGAUCUCCUCUAGAGCAGUGAUGUUUUGGGGCUGUCGCUGGGCAACACAGACUUUCAACUCCCUCCAAAGAUUUUCUAUGGGGUUGAGAUCUGGAGAAUGGCUAGGCCACUCCAGGACCUUGAAAUGCUUCUUACGAAGCCACUCCUUCGUUGCCCGGGUGGUGUGUUUGGGAUCAUUGUCAUGCUGAAAGACCCAGCCACGUUUCAUCUUCAAUGCCCUUGCUGAUGGAAGGAGGUUUUCACUCAAAAUCUCACGAUACAUGGCCCCAUUCAUUCUUUCCAUUACACGGAUCAGUCGUCCUGGUCCCUUUGCAGAAAAACAGCCCCAAAGCAUGAUGUUUCCACCCCCAUGCUUCACAGUAGGUAUGGUGUUCUUUGGAUGCAACUCAGCAUUCUUUGUCCUCCAAACACGACGAGUUGAGUUUUUACCAAAAAGUUAUAUUUUGGUUUCAUCUGACCAUAUGACAUUCUCCAAAUCCUCUUCUGGAUCAUCCAAAUGCACUCUAGCAAACUUCAGACGGGCCUGGACAUGUACUGGCUUAAGCAGGGGGACACGUCUGGCACUGCAGGAUUUGAGUCCCUGGCGGCAUAGUGUGUUACUGAUGGUAGGCUUUGUUACUUUGGUCCCAUCUCUGCAGGUCAUUCACUAGGUCCCCCCGUGUGGUUCUGGGAUUUUUGCUCACCGUUCUUGUGAUCAUUUGACCCCACGGGGUGAGAUCUUGCGUGGAGCCCCAGAUCGAGGGAGAUUAUCAGUGGUCUUGUAUGUCUUCCAUUUCCUAAUAAUUGCUCCCACAGUUGAUUUCUUCAAACCAAGCUGCUUACCUAUUGCAGAUUCAGUCUUCCCAGCCUGGUGCAGGUCUACAAUUCUGUUUCUGGUGUCCUUUGACAGCUCUUUGGUCUUGGCCAUAGUGGAGUUUGGAGUGUGACUGUUUGAGGUUGUGGACAGGUGUCUUUUAUACUGAUAACAAGUUCAAACAGGUGCCAUUAAUACAGGUAACGAGUGGAGGACAGAGGAGCCUCUUAAAGAAGAAGUUACAGGUCUGUGAGAGCCAGAAAUCUUGCUUGUUUGUAGGUGACCAAAUACUUAUUUUCCACCAUAAUUUGCAAAUAAAUUCAUUAAAAAUCCUACAAUGUGAUUUUCUGGAUUUCUUUUCCUCAAUUUGUCUGUCAUAGUUGACGUGUACCUAUGAUGAAAAUUACAGGCCUCUCUCAUCUUUUUAAGUGGGAGAACUUGCACAAUUGGUGGCUGACUAAAUACUUUCCCCCCCCACUGUAUAACCUAUGUUUCCCCCCACUUUGGUUCUGAAAUCACCAUCCCCCACUAAUUAACUUGUCAUUUUUGCAGAUGAAGUGUUUGAGCUAGUAAUGUAUCAAUAUUUAUCAUUUACAAAUUAGCUAUGACAUAGCCAAUGAAUAUAUAGCACAACUUUGGAUUUUACCCCCAUCUGAUUUUGACAGUUUGGACGUUUUUACGGAGUGAUCUUCUCUUCUCCUCUUGCUUCGGCCAUGCAGUGCGCCUUGCAAAACUGAUUGCUGUCCUCGUUGUGAAAUGAUUAACUUUACCCUGUACAGUGAGGGGAAAAAAGUUUUUGAUCCCCUGCUGAUUUUGUACGUUUGCCCACUAACAAAGAAAUGAUCAGUCUAUAAUUUUAAUGGUAGGUUUAUUUGAACAGUAAGAGACAGAAUAACAACAAAAAAAUCCAGAAAAACACAUGUCAAAAAUGUUAUAAAUUGAUUUGCAUUUUAAUGAGGGAAAUAAGUAUUUGACCCCCUCUUAAUCAGAAAGAUUUCUGGCUCCCAGGUGUCUUUUAUACAGGUAACGAGCUGAGAUUAGGAGCACACUCUUAAAGGGAGUGCUCCUAAUCUCAGCUUGUUACCUGUAUAAAAGACACCUGUCCACAGAAGCAAUCAAUCAAUCAGAUUCCAAACUCUCCACAAGACCAAAGAGCUCUCCAAGGAUGUCAGGGACAAGAUUGUAGACCUACACAAGGCUGGAAUGGGCUACAAGACCAUCGCCAAGCAGCUUGGUGAGAAGGUGACAACAGUUGGUGCGAUUAUUCGCAAAUGGAAGAAACACAAAAUAACUGUCAAUCUCCCUCGGCCUGGGGCUCCAUGCAAGAUCUCACCUCGUGGAGUUGCAAUGAUCAUGAGAACGGUGAGGAAUCAGCCCAGAACUACACGGGAGGAUCUUGUCAAUGACCUCAAGGCAGCUGGGACCAUAGUCACCAAGAAAACAACUGGUAACACACUACGCCGUGAAGGACUGAAAUCCUGCAGCGCCCGCAAGGUCCCCCUGCUCAAGAAAGCAAAUAUACAGGGCCGUCUGAAGUUUGCCAAUGAACAUCUGAAUGAUUCAGAGGAGAACUGGGUGAAAGUGUUGUGGUCAGAUGAGACCAAAAUUGAGCUCUUUGCCAUCAACUCAACUCACCGCGUUUGGAGGAGGAGGAAUGCUGCCUAUGACCCCAAAAACACCAUCCCCACCGGCAAACAUGGAGGUGGAAACAUUAUGCUUUGGGGGUGUUUUUCUUUUAAGGGGACAGGAUAACUUCACCGCAUCAAAGGGACGAUGGACGGGGCCAUGUACCGUCAAAUCUUGGGUGAGAACCUCCUUCCCUCAGCCAGGGCAUUGAAAAUGGGUCGUGGAUGGGUAUUCCAGCAUGAUAAUGACCCAAAACACACGGCCAAGGCAACAAAGGAGUGGCUCAAGAAGAAGCACAUUAAGGUCAUGGAGUGGCCUAGCCAGUCUCCAGACCUUAAUCCCAUAGAAAAUCUGUGGAGGGAGCUGAAGGGUCGAGUUGCCAAACGUCAGCCUCAAAACCUUAAUGACUUGGAGAAGAUCUGCAAAGAGGAGUGGGACAAAAUCCCUCCUGAGAUGUGUGCAAACCUGGUGGCCAACUACAAUAAAUGUCUGACCUCUGUGAUUGCCAACAAGGGUUUUGCCACCAAGUACUAAGUCAUGUUUUGCAGAGGGGUGAAAUACUUAUUUCCCUCAUUAAAAUGCAAAUCAAUUUAUAACAUUUUUGACAUGCAUUUUUCUGGAUUUUUUUGUUUUUAUUCUGUCUCUCACUGUUCAAAUAAACCUACCAUUAAAAUUAUAGACUGAUCAUGUCUUUGUCAGUGGGCAAACGUACAAAAUCAGCAGGGGAUCAAAUACUUUUUUCCCUCACUGUAUAUAAAAAAAUGACCAUAUACACUGAUUGUUUAACGCAAAACUACCAAAACUAUUGCUGAUGAUGAACCUGAACAAUCAAAAUACAAUCUAUUGUAAACCCUGUUCAGCAGGUAUAGCCAGAUGAGAAGUGUCUCCAGUAGCUUACUUUUAUUCCAUUAAAACACAAUUUUCAACAGCGCAUAGAUAACAAUGACCUAGCAAAUUACAUACAACUAAUAAAGCCUAAAAUCAAGCCAUUUUAGCAUUUUAAAUUCUGAAGGCCGCCUACCUCGCAUUGGUCAGCACGCGAAACUGGGCACAGUGUGCAGUUUGACUAGGCUACUGAUAUUGCCUAUGGCUGUUUGCCAUGCAAAAUGACUAUCAAUAUCUGUCAACACAGUUACAUGCAGUUUGACACUGAAGGAGAGGAAGCAUCAGUUGUCACAAAAGAUGAGAGGUAUUUUCAAAAGGUAGAAAGAAUGUAAUAUGACCAAAUACAUUUAGUGAACCAGCGAUUUGUUAAAUUGUAAUAGAUUUUCUGACCGAUGCAUGCUACAUUGGAUCGGUUUGGGGUCCGUGGACCGAUGCACUUGUAUCUUAAACAUUUGAAUCGGGGACCGAUGCGUAUCAGUGAAUCGUUACAUCCCUAGUGUGGAGUAUAGUAUUCUACAGUAUACUACAAGAUUAUAUAGUAAGCACUACACGAUCGAGGGAUACUACAGUGUGUAGUAUAGUAUUCUACAGUAUACUACAAAAUUCUAUAUUAAGUACUACAUAUGAUCAAGGGAUACUACCGUGUGGAGUAUAGUAUUGUACAGUACACUACAGUUUACUACAUAAUUCUAUAGUAAGUACUAUACUAUUCUGUAGUAAACUGUAGUAUUGUUUCAUGUGAGAUAUCACAAAAAAACUGCGAAAUCCUGGAGGGACUAACGAGCUGUGGGAAGUUGCCUUAUAAAUCCUGCAUUCCCUCUAUGCUGUUUGCCUCUUGUGUAUCCAUGAUCAUGUUCAUUAGGGCAUGCAACAGAAUAAAACAAUUAUGUUUUUGCAACGGAAAACAGAAAACAAGCAUUUCUUAUUGGACCAGGUAGUCCUCUCCCUGUUUGAAUCCAUUGUCCUUCAUUUGGUGCCUAAUGAACACAACUCAUCGACGCAUGCAGGUACUACCUGUGUCUGCAGCUGAGAGACGACAUGCUGUCCUGGCGUCUGCCCUGCUCCUUCGGGACCUACGCCCUGCUAGGUUCUUACACGGUGCAGGCGGAGCUGGGCGACUAUGAGCCAGAGGAACACGGGCCCGACUACAUCAGUGACUUCCGUUUCGCCCCCAACCAGACGAGGGAGCUAGAGGAGAGGGUGAUGGAGCUUCACCGCAACUACAGGUCAGGGCCUGACCGGCCACGUGCCAGCUCGUCAUUGUAAAUAAAAAGCCUCCGGCACAGAUCUACGCUGUCGGCAUAGAUUCGAAUACAAUUCAAAUGGUAAUUACCUAACAAUUGCAUAGUAGACACUUUGGUUUCAUUGACACAAGCAUCAGUAUGUACCAGGGACGGACUGGGACUAGAAUUAGCUAAAUAAUUAUCAUUUUGAGCAAAACCCAUAAUUUCCACAGGCCCACUGGGCUAAAAAUUGACAAGCCCAUCUGGCAUUUGCCCAAACCGCCCUAUGGCCAGUCCGCCCCUGAUAUGUACAAUUUGGUACUAGGUCGUUACCAAUUGUGUUGAAUUCUCCAUACAUGAAUGGAUAUGGAUAGUAGCUAGACAAUAAAAUUAGUUACACACAAUUGGCUCAUGCAAACGCAAAGAGUUCUCACACUCAAAACAUGCAGAAGUGUAACAUUAAUCAGAGCCUGAGAAGACCUCAAAGUCUUUGUGCCACAACCAUAUAUCAACCAUUAAUUCCAAUGAAAAACUUGCGUACCAUAACCCAAACAGACCGAUUGUUCUCUUUAUUCAAAGUGCUGGAAGUUGUGGUGUGAUAAUAGUCCAAUGACAGCCUCUGUGUUCUUCCUUAGGGGAAUGAGUCCAGCGGAGGCAGAGGUGAACUUUCUAGAAAAUGCCAAGAAGCUUUCCAUGUAUGGUGUAGACCUGCAUCACGCCAAGGUACAGUAUGAGCUAUGGAAAGAUGUACAAAUUGUGCUUGUUUGUGGUGUGGUAUGGUGGUGGUUGUGGUUGUGGUUGUGGUGGUGUGGUGUGGUGUGGUGGUGGUGUGUGCGUGUGUGUGUGUACUGCUACAUUAUAGACAACAAUGUAACUAACAAUGUAAGGCUGCAAUUAUGGUUUAGAGUCAUUUUAAAAUAAUAGUCACAAGAUGUCAACUUGAUAGCCUGUUCCAACCUAGCGAUCAUAUUACUUAAUCUUAUCUAUCUGGAUUGGAUCCGUAUGAUAGAGAGUGACACACACCCUUCAUUGCAAUCCCCAACCUUCCCUCCCUUCUGUUGCACCCUUUGUCUCUGACAGGAUUCGGAGGGCAUUGACAUCAUGCUUGGCGUCAGCGCCAACGGACUACUAAUCUACCGUGACCGUCUGAGGAUCAACCGCUUCGCCUGGCCGAAGAUCCUCAAAAUCUCCUACAAGAGGAGCAACUUCUACAUCAAAAUACGCCCCGGGGAGGUAGUCCAACCAUAUUAUGUUAUCUUGUAGCCUACAUUAUGCAUCUUGUUUGACAUGACAACACUUCACUUCACUCGAAGUCAACACUAACUCUACAAAACAGUUAAAACAGUUAAUUGCAGCCAACUGUAUAACUGUGACAACUCAGUUAAGUGCCACAAAGCAUGAAAUGGUAAAAAAGGUCAACCAUUAUAGCAAUCUUUACAGUUGUUUCAUGCUUUCACAAUAGUUAGGAUUUCGAGCAUGGCUGCUGUAACCUGAUGUGCCAGUUGUCCUAUGCUAGCUUAAUGCUACAGUGAGGGAAAAAAGUAUUUGAUCCCCUGCUGAUUUUGUACGUUUGCCCACUAACAAAGAAAUGAUCAGUCUAUAAUUUUAAUGGUAGGUUUAUUUGAACAGUGAGAGACAGAAUAACAACAAAAAAAUCCAGAAACACGCAUGUCAAAAAUGUUAUAAAUUGAUUUGCAUUUGAAUGAGGGAAAUAAGUAUUUGACCCCCUCUCAAUCAGAAAGAUUUCUGGCUCCCAGGUGUCUUUUAUACAGGUAACGAGCUGAGAUUAGGAGCACACUCUUAAAGGGAGUGCUGCUAAUCUCAGUUUGUUACCUGUAUAAAAGACACCUGUCCACAGAAGCAAUCAAUCAAUCAGAUUCCAAACCCUCCACCAUGGCCAAGACCAAAGAGCUCUCCAAGGAUGUCAGGGACAAGAUUGUAGACCUACACAAGGCUGGAAUGGGCUACAAGACCAUCGCCAAGCAGCUUGGUGAGAAGGUGACAACAGUUGGUGCGAUUAUUCGCAAAUGGAAGAAACACAAAAGAACUGUCAAACUCCCUCGGCCUGGGGCUCCAUGCAAGAUCUCACCUCGUGGAGUUGCAAUGAUCAUGAGAACGGUGAGGAAUCAGCCCAGAACUACACGGGAGGAUCUUGUCAAGGAUCUCAAGGCAGCUCGGACCAUAGUCACCAAGAAAACAAUUGGUAACACACUACGCCGUGAAGGACUGAAAUCCUGCAGCGCCCGCAAGGUCCCCCUGCUCAAGAAAGCACAUAUACAGGGCCGUCUGAAGUUUGCCAAUGAACAUCUGAAUGAUUCAGAGGAGAACUGUGUGAAAGUGUUGUGGUCAGAUAAGACCAAAAUUGAGCUCUUUGGCAUCAACUCAACUCGCCGUGUUUGGAGGAGGAGGAAUGCUGCCUAUGACCCCAAGAACACCAUCCCCACCGUCAAACAUGGAGGUGGAAACAUUAUGCUUUGGGGGUGUUUUUCUGCUAAGGGGACAGGACAUCUUCACCGCAUCAAAGGGACGAUGGACGGGGCCAUAUACCGUCAAAUCUUGGGUGAGAACCUCCUUCCCUCAGCCAGGGCAUUGAAAAUGGGUCGUGGAUGGGUAUUCCAGCAUGACAAUGACCCAAAACACACAUCCAAGGCAACAAAGGAGUGGCUCAAGAAGAAGCACAUUAAGGUCCUGGAGUGGCCUAGCCAGUCUCCAGACCUUAAUCCCAUAUAAAAUCUGUGGAGGGAGCUGAAGGUUUGAGUUGCCAAACGUCAGCCUCGAAACCUUAAUGACUUGGAGAAGAUCUGCAAAGAGGAGUGGGACAAAAUCCCUCCUGAGAUGUGUGCAAACCUGGUGGCCAACUACAAUAAAUGUCUGACCUCUGUGAUUGCCAACAAGGGUUUUGCCACCAAGUACUAAGUCAUGUUUUGCAGAGGGGUCAAAUACUUAUUUCCCUCAUUAAAAUGCAAAUCAAUUUAUAACAUUUUUGACAUGCGUUUUUCUGGAUUUUUUUGUUGUUAUGCUGUCUCUCACUGUUCAAAUAAACCUACCAUUAAAAUUAUAGACUGAUCAUGUCUUUGUCAGUGGGCAAACAUACAAAAUCAGCAGGGGAUCAAAUACUUUUUUCCCUCACUGUAGGUGUUAUUUAACAGAUUCUAUUGAAGUGUCACUUUUGAAUCUUAUCUGGGGACUCGGUGAGCCACGGAAUAAUUGGGCAUGAUAUGUUUCAAUGUGGGCUAUUUAUAGCGGUCGAGUUACUAUUCUUAAAGAUUAGGGAAAUAUGGCAUGUUUUGUGGUCUUGGAAGUGGGAACAGUCUUCUUCUUCUGUUGCCAAGCAUUGGGACUUUAAAGCAUGGUGAGCUGCGUGUGAGGAUAUGCUUUCAUCAGGGAUUUUGCUCACUAGAAGUGUUAGUGUCUCAUUUUGCUUGCACUGAUUUUCUACUCCUAAAGUGAUUAUCUACCAAUGGUUUUCCUCUGUGUUCUGCCUUCUACGGGCCUAUGUAUCUACAGAAUGUUAGGACUCUAUUCAAUCUGUAUCUCUGAAGCAUUUUUAGAAAUGUAAAGGUAAAUUCAGAUUGAGCCGACAUAUGCAGCAUUUACUGUGAAUGGAGUCUCCGUUAACACGGAACAUUGCCUUUAAAUUUAAAUGACGCUGUAACGCUUGAACUUCCGCGAUACAGAUUGAAUAGACCCUAAUCUGACACUGAUAUCUUCAUUCAGGGAUUGUGUAAGAUCUUUUCUCCCAACUAUCUAGUUCAAAAUAACUAAAACCCACAGUGUAAUUACUGUAUGGGCCCAGUUUUCAGUACUGCUGUGUAGUGUUUGAAUGACACACUCUUACUGUUGAGAGAAUAGAGUACAAUAUGCAGGGUGCAAUUUCCUUGUUUUUAGCAAGGGUCGUGAGGUGGUUCCACACACACACACACACACACACACACACACACACACACACACACACACACACAUCCACACACAUACACACACACACACGCUCCUUCACUCCUUUUAUCCUCCACUCCUCCCCCAUCUCUCACUCCUCCCCUCCACCCUCAGUAUGAACAGUUUGAGAGCACCAUCGGCUUCAAGCUGCCCAACCACCGGGCUUCCAAACGCCUGUGGAAGGUCUGCAUUGAACACCACACCUUCUUCAGGUAGGCAACUGCCCCUCACUGGGGACACAUGCACGUACCCGCACCCACACAAACAUACUCAGCUGAAGACACUAAGCAUCACACAGCUCAUGCUACAUUGCACAGCAACAAUAAAAUUAAAAUUAAAUAAUGGUCACAAGCGCCAAAAACAACAGGUGUAGACCUUACCGUGAAAUGCUUACUUAGAGUCCCUUAACCCACAAUGCAGUUCAAGAAAUAGAGUUUAAAAAAGAUUUACUAAAUAAACUGAAGUAAAAAAUGCAAUAAAAAGUAACACAAUAAAAUAACAAUAACAAGGCUAUAUACAGGGUCAAUGUGCGGGGCUACAGGUUAGUUGAGGUAAUUUGUACAUGUAGGUAGGGGUAAAGGGACUAUGCAUAGAUAAUAACAGAUCAAUGUAAAUAGUCCGGGUGGCCAUUUGAUUAAUUGUUCAGCAGUCUUAUGGCUUGGGGAUAGAAGCUGUUAAGGAGCCUUUUGGACCUAGACUUGGCGCUCCGGUACCGCUUGCCAUGCGGUAGCAGAGAGAACAGUAUAUGACUUGGGUGACUGGUCUUUGACAAUUGUUUGGGCCUUCCUCACACAGUGUGGUUGAGCUUUAAGAAACAGCAAGGAAAAAGACUGCAACGUUUAAUCUAAGCACCAGCCACUCUUACCUCUGUAAAAUCAAUGCUCCAUCUAGUAUGACACUCUCUUCCACACUAGGAAUUCCAGGCCUUGAUACUCCCAUACCUAAGCCAACAUUAUAACAGUCUAAUAAGUACAUUUCAUAUACAGUGGCUUGCGAAAAUAUACACCCUCCUUGGCAUAUUUCCUAUUUUGUUGCCUUACAACCUGGAAUUUAAAUUGAUUUUGGGGGGGUUUGUAUCAUUUGAUUUACACAACAUGCCUACCACUUUGAAGAUGCAAAAUAUUUUUUCUUGUGAAACAAACAAGAAAUAAGACAAAAAAACAGAACACUUGAGCGUGCAAAACUAUUCACCCCCCCCAAAGUCAAUACUUUGUAGAGCCACCUUUUGCAGCAAUUACAGCUGCAAGUCUCUUGAGGUAUGUCUCUAUAAGCUUGGCACAUCUGGCCACUGACCAUUCUUCAAGGCAAAACUGCUCCAGCUCCUUCAAGUUGGAUGGGUUCCGCUGGUGUAGAGCAAUCUUUAAGUCAUACCACAGAUUCUCAAUUGGAUUGAGGUCUGGGCUUUGACUAGGACAUUCAAAGACAUUUAAAUGUUUCCCCUUAAACCACACAAGUGUUGCGUUAGCAGUAUGGUUAGGGUCAUUGUCCUGCUGGAAGGUUUCCCUCAAGAAUUUCCCUGUAUUUAGCGCCACCCAUCAUUCCUAUAAUUCUGACGGGUUUCCCAGUCCCUGCCGAUGAAAAACAUCCCCACAGCAUGAUGCUACCACCAUGCUUCACUGUGGAGAUGGUGUUCUCCGGGUGAUGAGAGGUGUUGGGUUUGCCCAGACAUAGCAUUUUCCUUGAUGGCCAAAAAGCUCAAUUUUAGUCUCAUCUGACCAGAGUACCUUCUUCCAUAUGUUUGGGGAGUCUCCCACAUGCCUUUUGGCGAACAAGAAACAUGUUUGCUUAUUUCUUUAUUUAAGCAAUGCCUUUUUUCUGGCCACUCUUCCGUAAAGCCCAGCUCUGUGGAGUGUUCGGCUUAAAGUGGUCCUAUGGACAGAUACUCCAAUCUCUGCUGUGGAGCAGCUCCUUCAGGGUUAUAUUUGGUCUCUUUGUUGUCUCUCUGAUUAAUGCCCUCCUUGCCUGGUCUGUGAGUUUUGGUGGCCGGCCCUCUCUUGGCAGAUUUGUUGUGGUGCCAUAUUCUUUCCAUUUUUUAAUAAUGGAUUUAAUGCUGCUCCGUGGGAUGUUCAAAGUUUCUGAUAUUUUUUUACAACCCAACCCUGAUCUGUACUUCUCCACAACUUUGUCCCUGACCUGUUUGGAGAGCUCUUUGGUCUUCAUGGUGCCGCUUGCUUGGUGGUGCCCCUUGCUUAGAGGUGUUGCAGACUCUGAGGCCUUUCACAACAGGUGUAUAUAUACUGAGAUCAUGUGACAGAUCAUGUGACACUUAGUUUGCACAUAGGUGGACUUUAUUUAACUAAUUUUGUGACUUCUGAAGGUAAUUGGUUGCACCAGAUCUUAUUUAGGGGCUUCAUAGCAAAAGGGAUGAAUACAUAUGCACGCACCACUUUUCCAUUAUUUAUUUUUUCAUUUCACUUCACCAAUUUGGACUAUUUUGUGUAUGUCCAUUACAUGAAAUCCAAAUAAAAAUCCAUUUAAAUUACAGGUUGCAAUGCAACAAAAUAGGAAAAACGCCAAGGGGGAUGAAUAUUUUUGCAAGACACUGUAUCUGUAUUCCCAGUCAUCUAAAAUCCAUAGAUUAGGUUCUAAUGAUUUUAUUUAAAUUUACUGAUUUCCUAAUAUGAACUGUAACUCAAUAACAUUUUAGAAAAUGUUGCGUUUAUAUUUUUGUUCAGUGUAUAUACAGUGGGGAGAACAAGUAUUUGAUACACUGUCGAUUUUGCAGGUUUUCCUACUUACAAAGCAUGUAGAGGUCUGUAAUUUUGAUCAUAGGUACACUUCAACUGUGAGAGAUGGAAUCUAAAACAAAAAUCCAGAAAAUCACAUUGUAUGAUUUUUAAGUAAUUAAUUUGCAUUUUAUUGCAUGACAUAAGUAUUUGAUCACCUACCAACCAGUAAUAAUAAUAUAAUAAAUAAUAUAAUAAUAAAGUAAGAAUUCCGGCUCUCACAGACCUGUUAGUUUUUCUUUAAGAAGCCCUCCUGUUCUCCACUCAUUACCUGUAUUAACUGCACCUGUUUGAACUCGUUACCUGUAUAAAAGACACCUGUCCACACACUCAAUCAAACGGACUCCAACCUCUCCACAAUGGCCAAGACCAGAGAGCCAUUGUGGAGCCUUGUGCAAGUCCCAGCCUUGUGCAAGUCUACAAUUUUAUCCCUGAAGGACAUCAGGGAUAAAAUUGUAGACUUGCACAAGGCUGGGAUGGGCUACAGGACAAUAGGCAAGCAGCUUGGUGAGAAGGCAACAACUGUUGGCACAAUUAUUAGAAAAUGGAAGAAGUUCAAGAUGACGGUCAAUCACCCUCGGUCUGGGGCUCCAUGCAAGAUCUCACCUCGUGGGGCAUCAAUGAUCAUGAGGAAGGUGAGGGAUCAGCCCAGAACUACACGGCAGGACCUGGUCAAUGACCUGAAGAGAGCUGGGACCACAGUCUCAAAGAAAACCAUUAGUAACACACUACGCCGUCAUGGAUUAAAAUCCUGCAGCGCACGCAAGGUCCCCCUGCUCAAGCCAGCGCAUGUCCAGGCCCGUCUGAAGUUUGCCAAUGACCAUCUGGAUGAUCCAGAGGAGGAAUUGGAGAAGGUCUAAACACCACUCGCCGUGUUUGGAGGAAGAAGAAGGAUGAGUACAACCCCAAGAACACCAUCCCAACCGUGAAGCAUGGAGGUGGAAACAUCAUUCUUUGGGGAUGCUUUUCUGCAAAGGGGACAGGACGACUGCACCAUAUUGAGGGGAGGAUGGAUGGGGCCAUGUAUCACGAUAUCUUGGCCAACAACCUCCUUCCCUCAGUAAGAGCAUUGAAGAUGGGUCGUGGCUGGGUCUUCCAGCAUGACAACAACCCGAAACACACAGCCAGGGCAACUAAGGAGUGGCUCCAUAAGAAGCAUCUCAAGGUCCUGGAGUGGCCUAGCCAGUCUCCAGACCUGAACCCAAUAGAAAAUCUUUGGAGGGAGCUGAAAGUCCGUAUUGCCCAGCGACAGCCCCGAAACCUGAAGGAUCUGGAGAAGGUCUGUAUGGAGGAGUGGGCCAAAAUCCCUGCUGCAGUGUGCAAACCUGGUCAAGACCUACAGGAAACGUAUGAUCUCUGUAAUUGCAAACAAAGUUUUCUGUACCAAAUAUUAAGUUCUGCUUUUCUUAUGUAUCAAAUACUUAUGUCAUGCAAUAAAAUGCAAAUUAAUUACUUAAAAAUCAUACAAUGUGAUUUUCUGGAUUCUGGACCUACGAAAUCGGCAGUGUAUCAAAUACUUGUUCUCCCCACUGUACAUAUACAGUACCAGUCAAAAGUUUGGACACCUACUCAUUCAAGGGUUUUUCUUUAUUUGUAUUAUUUCCUACAUUGUAAAAUAAUAGUGAAGACAUCCAAACUAUGAAAUAACACAUAUGGAAACAUGUAGUAACCAAAAAAGUGUUAAAGAAAUCAAAAUAUAUUUGAUAUUUUAGAUUCUUAAAAGUAGCCACCCUUUGCCUUGUUGACAGCUUUGCACACUCUUGGCAUUCUCUCAACCAGUUUCAUGAUGAAUGCUUUUCCAACAGUCUUGAAGGAGUUCCCACAUAUGCUGAGCACUUGUUGGCUGCUUUUCCUUCACUCUGCGGUCCAACUCAUCCCAAACCAUCUCAAUUGGGUUGAGAUUGGGUGAUUGGGGAGGCCAGGUCAUCUGAUGCAGCUGUGAUGUGUGAUUUGAAGGAGUCAGGCGCAGGAGGGUAAAUCACAGAAUACAGAGUUUAUUCCGAAAUACAAUGUUAUGCAGAAAUGCGUCAAACAGUCCAGUGCACAAAACAGGCGCACUGGAACCAAACAGGCACACGGGGAAAAUAUACCCCGGCAAUACAAAAUACACAGAGCUCAACCGAGCUCCACUCUCCACACACUAAUCAAUCACCCACAAGGACAAGGGGGCAGAGGAACACUUAUACACAUACUAAUGAGGGGAUAUGAACCAGGUGUGUGUAAUAGACAAGACAAAACAAAUGGAAUGAUGAGAUGAGGAGUGGCAGUGGCUAGAAGGCCGGUGACGAUGAACGCCAAAGCCUGCCAGAACCAGGAGUGGAGGCAGCUUCGGAGGAAGUCGUGACAGUACCCCCCACUUGACGCGCAGCUCCAGCAGUGCGCCGACACCGGCCUCGGGGAUGGCCAGAAGGACGCGGAGCAGGGCGAGCCGGAUGGUGACUGUGGUAAUCCCUCAACAGGGAGGGGUCGAGGAGAUCCCUCACUGGGACGCAGCACCGUUCCUCCGGACCGUACCCCUCCCACUCCACGAAGUACUGAAAGCCCCCACCCGACGCCUCGAAUCCAGGAUGGAACAGACGGAGUACGCCGGGGCCCCCUCGAUGUCCAGAGGAGGUGGAGGGACCUCCCGCACCUCAGACUCCUGGAGUGGACCAGCCACCACCGGCCUGAGGUGAGACACAUGGAACGAGGGGUUAAUACGAUAAUCAUGUGGGAGUAAAAACCUAUAGGUAACCUCGUUUAUCCUCCUCAGGACUUUGAACAGCCCCACAAACUCAGCUCAGCUUCCGGCAGGACCGGCGGAGGGGCAGAUUCCGGGUCGAUAGCCAGACCCGAUCACCCAGUACGAAGACCGGGGCCUCACUGCGGUGGCGGUUGGCCUUCUGACGACGUACUGCGCGUUGGAGGUGGACGUGAGCAGCGUUCCAUGUCUCCUCCGCGCGCCGAAACCAGUCAUCCACCGCAGGAGCCUCGGUCUGGCUCUGGUGCCACGGUGCCAGAACCGGUUGGUAGCCUAAAACACAUUGGAAUGGCGUUAGGUUAGUGGAGGAGUGACGGAGAGAGUUUUGGUCAUAUUCGGCCCAUGGCAAGAACACUGACCACUCCCCCGGCCGGUCCUGGAAGUAGGUCAGGCUGACCGAGUCCCCCAGACGGUCCAUGAACGCCUUCCAGACCUUGGAUGUGAAUUGGGGACCCCGGUUAGACACUAUGUCCUCUGGUACCCCGUAGUGCCGGAAGACGUGUGUAAACAGGGCCUCCGCAGUCUGCAGGGCCGUGGGGAGACCGGGCAGAGGAAGGAGGCGGCAGGCUUUGGAAAAGCGGUCCACAAUGACCAGGAUGGUGGUGUUACCUUGAGAGAGGGGAAGAUCAGUAAGGAAAUCAAUACUCAGGUGAGACCAUGACCGUUGUGGAACUGGUAAAGGCUGUAACUUACCCACUGGGAGGUGCCUAGGUGCCUUUCUCUGAGCGCACACCGAGCAGGAGGAGACAUACACCCUCACGUCCUUAGCCAAGGUUGGCCACCAGUACUUUCCGGUCAGGCAGCGCACUGUACGACCGAUACCUGGGUGACAAGAGGAGGGGGACGUGUGUGCCCAGUAGAUCAGACGGUCACGGACAAGAGCAGGCAUGUACUGCAGCCCAGCUGGACCCUGAGGUGGAGAUGGCUCUGUGCGUAACGCCUGCUCUAUAUCCGCGUCCAUCACCCAUACUACCGGCGCCACAAUGCAGGAGGAGGGAGUAUGGGGAUGUUGUCUCUGGGCCUUUCCUCUAUGUCGUACAGCCGUGACAGUGCGUCUGCCUUCACGUUCUUCGUACCCGGGAUGUACAGUUGAAGUCGGAAGUUUACAUACACUUAGGUUGGAGUCAUUAAAACUCGUUUUUCAACCACUUUUUUUUGGGGGGGGGGGUUAAAAGGAUUACUUUAUCCUAUCCCAGGUAUUCCUUAAAGAGGUGGGGUUUCAAAUGUCUCCGGAAGGUGGUGAGUGACUCCGCUGUCCUGGCGUCGUGAGGGAGCUUGUUCCACCAUUGGGGUGCCAGAGCAGCGAACAGUUUUGACUGGGCUGAGCGGGAACUAUGCUUCCGCAGAGGAAGGGGAGCCAGCAGGCCAGAGGUGGAUGAACGCAAUGCCCUCGUUUGGGUGUAGGGACUGAUCAGAGCCUGAAGGAACGGAGGUGCCGUUCCCCUCACAGCUCCAUAGGCAAGCACCAUGGUCUUGUAACAGAUGCAAGCUUCAACUGGAAGCCAGUGGAGUGUGCGGAGGAGCGGGGUGACGUGAGAGAACUUGGGAAGGUUGAACACCAGACGGGCUGCGGCAUUCUGGAUGAGUUGUAGGGGUUUAAUGGCACAGGCAGGGAGCCCAGCCAACAGCGAGUUGCAGUAAUCCAGACGGGAGAUGACAAGUGCCUGGAUUAGGACCUGUGCCGCUUCCUGUGUAAGGCAGGGUCGUACUCUCCGAAUGUUGUAGAGCAUGAACCUACAGGAUCGGGUCACCGCUAUGGGGUUGAGAUCUGGAGACUGGCUAGGCCACUCCAGGACCUUGAAAUGCUUCUUACGAAGCCACUCCUUCGUUGCCCGGGAGGUGUGUUUGGGAUCAUUGUCAUGCUGAAAGACCCAGCCACGUUUCAUCUUCAAUGCCCUUGCUGAUGGAAGGAGGUUUUCACUCAAAAUCUCACGAUACAUGGCCCCAUUCAUUCUUUCCUUUACACGGAUCAGUCGUCCUGGUCCCUUUGCAGAAAAACAGCCCCAAAGCAUGAUGUUUCCACCCCCAUGCUUCACAGUAGGUAUGGUGUUCUUUGGAUGCAACUCAGCAUUCUUUGUCCUCCAAACACGACGAGUUGAGUUUUUACCAAAAAGUUAUAUUUUGGUUUCAUCUGACCAUAUGACAUUCUCCCAAUCCUCUUCUGGAUCAUCCAAAUGCACUCUAGCAAACUUCAGACGAGCCUGGACAUGUACUGGCUUAAGCAGGGGGACACGUCUUGCACUGCAGGAUUUGAGUCCCUGGCGGCGUAGUGUGUUACUGAUGGUAGGCUUUGUUACUUUGGUCCCAGCUCUCUGCAGGUCAUUCACUAGGUCCCCCCGUGUGGUUCUGGGAUUUUUGCUCACCGUUCUUGUGAUCAUUUUGACCCCACGGGGUGAGAUCUUGCGUGGAGCCCCAGAUCGAGGGAGAUUAUCAGUGGUCUUGUAUGUCUUCCAUUUCCUAAUAAUUGCUCCCACAGUUGAUUUCUUUAAACCAAGCUGCUUACCUAUUGCAGAUUCAGUCUUCCCAGCCUGGUGCAGGUCUACAAUUUUGUUUCUGGUGUCCUUUGACAGCUCUUUGGUCUUGGCCAUAGUGGAGUUUGGAGUGUGACUGUUUGAGGUUGUGGACAGGUGUCUUUUAUACUGAUAACAAGUUCAAACAGGUGCCAUUAAUACAGGUAACGAGUGGAGGACAGAGGAGCCUCUUAAAGAAGAAGUUACAGGUCUGUGAGAGCCAGAAAUCUUGCUUAUUUGUAGGUGACCAAAUACUUAUUUUCCACCAUAAUUUGCAAAUAAAUUCAUUAAAAAUCCUACAAUGUGAUUUUCUGGAUUUUUUUUCCUCAAUUUGUCUGUCAUAGUUGACAAUAACAGGCCUCUCUCAUCUUUUUAAGUGGGAGAACUUGCACAAUUGGUGGCUGACUAAAUACUUUUUUCCCCCCACUGUAUACACGUACUAAUGAGGGGAUACGAACCAGGUGUGUGAAAUAGACAAGACAAAACAAAUGGAAUGAUGAGAUGAGGAGUGGCAGUGGCUAGAAGGCCGGUGACGACGAACGCCGAAGCCUGCCCGAACCAGGAGAGGAGGCAGCUUCGGAGGAAGUCGUGAAAGCAGCACUCCAUCACUCUCCUUCUUGGUCAAAUAGCCCUUACACAGCCUGGAGGUGUGUUUGGGGUCAUUGUCCUGUUGAAAAACAAAUGAUAGUCCCACUAAGUGCAAACCAGAUGGGAUGGUGUAUCGCUGCAGAAUGCUGUGGUAGCCAUGCUGGUUAAGUGUGCCUUGAAUUCUAAAUAAAUCACUGACAGUGUCACCAGCAAAGCACCCCCACACCAUCACACCUCCUUCUCCAUGCUUCAUAGUGGGACCCACACAUGCGGAGAUCAUCUGUUCACCUACUCUGCGUCUCACAAAGACACAGCGGUUGAAACCCAAAAUCUCAAAUUUAGACUCAUCAGACCAAAGGACAGAUUUCCACCGGUCUAAUGUCCAUUGCUCGUGUUUCUUGGCCCAAGGAAGUCUCUUCUUCUUAUUGGUGUCCUUUAGUAGUGGUUUCUUUGCAGAAAGUCGACCAUGAAGGCCUGAUUAAUGCCGUCUCCUCUGAACAGUUGAUGUUGAGUUGUGUCUGUUACUUGAACUCUGUGAAUCAUUUAUUUGGGCUGCAAUUUCUGAGGUUGGUAACUCUAAUUAACUUAUCCUCUGCAGCAAAGGUAACUUUGGGUCUUCCUUUGCUGUGGCGGUCCUCAUGAGAGACAGUUUCAUCAUAGCGCUUGAUGGUUUUUGCGACUGCACUUGACGAAACUUUCAAAGUUCUUGAAAUGUUCCGUAUUGACUGACCUUCAUGUCUUAAAGUAAUGAUGGACUGUCGUUUCUCUUUGCUUAUUUGAGCUGUUGUUGCCAUAAUAUGGACUUGGUAUUUGACCAAAUAGGGCUAUCUUCUGUAUACCACCCCUACCUUUUCACAACACAACUGAUUGGCUCACACGCAUUAAGAAGAAAAUAAAUUCCACAAAUUAACUUUUAACAAGGCACACCUGUUAAUUGAAAUGCAUUCCAGGUGACUACCUCAUGAAGCUGGUUGAUAGAAUGCCAAGAGUGUGCAAAGAUAUCAUCAAGGCAAAGGGUGGCUACUUUGAAGAUUCUAAAAUCUCAAAUAUAUUUUGAUUUGUUUAACACUUUUUUGGUUACUACAUGAUUCCAUAUGUGUUAUUUCAUAGUUUUGAUGUCUUCACUAUUAUUCUACAAUGUAGAAAAUUGUAAAAAAUAAAGAAAAACCCUUGAAUGAGUAGGUGUGUCCAAACUUUUGACUUGUACUGUGUAUAACUACAACUAAACCAGACACAUGUACAGAAAUAAAACUGCUUGUAACACAAAUUCUGUGUGUUAUGUAGACUUAUUUUGGAAAAGUCAAGGACGGAGAGGAUAUGAUUUUAAAAAUGGCAGAGUAAUUAAACAUGUAAAUUCAUAAGGACGAUCUCGGCACAUCUAGUGUUAAUGGGUAAUAAAAAAUACAAACAUUAUAGUGUCUAGCUAUUUAAAGCUUCAUACUCAUACCGAGUCUCUCUAUAGGUUAGUGUCUCCAGAACCCCCUCCCAAGGGCUUCCUGGUGAUUGGCUCCAAAUUCCGCUAUAGUGGGCGGACACAAGCCCAGUCGCGUCAGGCCAGUGUGCUGAUCGACCGGCCAGCUCCGCAGUUUGACCGUUCGGUUAGCAAGAGGUACCUGCUGCCCCGCAGUGUGGACGGAGGUAAGCCCCUUACUAUUACUGUACUAUAACAUCAUGAGUAUGUACUACAAACUCACCACUUAGAAUAUUGGCCCACUCUGUAAAAAAAAAAAAAUGUAUGCCUCUUUGUCAGGUAGGUCCUUGUUUAUUCAUUGUUAUUUCAAAUUUGCAUCAGUACGUUGCAUCAGUACAUUGCAUCAGUACCCUCUUAGAAAAAAGGUCUCCAAAAGAGUUCUUCGGCUGUCCCCAUAGGAGAACCCUUUUUGGUUCCAGGUAGAACCCAGAGCUGCAACACACCCAUAGCCGUGGGAAGUAGGGGCUCUGAGGCUGCUGCAGCACCCCCUAAAAAAUCGGAAUUAAAAAUAUAUAUUCACAAACGUAGUGCACUGGGCUUUUACAAGUCCUGUAUCUUGAAAAAGCUGCCAAGAUGGCGUAGCAGUGCGGUCGUGUUUUCUGUAGUGUCCUCAUGUAAAUAGCCAGUUUUUUUGUUUUUUGGUCUUUUUCGUAUAUAUUUCUCAAUCUCACUUUCCAUCCUUUAACUAAAUAUACUUUCCUGCAACCCGCCUCACCCAAUGUGGAACGGAUUCUAUUAUUUCUUUAUACCUUCUUAUCUAGAACCUCCGGCUGAAACUAGCCAGCUAACUAGCUACUUGCUAUUAGCCACCAUUAGCGGUCUUCACCAUUGUCCGUGGCCUGCACUACCUACCAGCCAGCUCUAGCCUGGACAAUUAUCGGCCAGUCUGCACAUCGCGCUAUCGAGCCAGAGCAUAUCGGAUUUUCUGCCGGAAUCACUGAAUCACUGGACCUUAACACCGGAUCAUCGCAACUAGCUAGCUGCAACCGAAUGGCUGUUGUUGUUGAUGGCUAAUCACCACUGUCCCGAAGCAAGCCCCAGUUAGCCUUGAGCUAGCCUCGAGCCAGGCCCAUCUCCCGGCUAUCUACCUCUCUGUCAACCGGACGGGACCUCCUAGUGUUGACACGGAGCCCCGCCGAUCCAUCACGACUGGUCUGCUGACGUAAUCGUCUGAUGUGGUUUCAACAAGCUUCCCGUUGCGACGUCCACGAAGAUCCAUCUGCUAGCCCCGGCCCGCUAGCACACGCAAUCAACAGCCGUGCCUCCUGCUCGCCUGUGCCGUAGCAGCUACUGAACUGAUCCCAGACUCACCUAUUGCUGUUCACUGGACCUUAUGAUCACUCAGCUACACAGCUGAUGCCUGCUGGACUGUUCCUUUAUAUGGUACCUCAUCCUGUUUAUCUGUUUAGCCUCAGCUCAAACUUUCGUCGCCAUUACCAGCUGUUGUCUUAGCUCUCUCAAAUAACACCUGUGAUUGCUUUAUGCCUCUCUCCCAUGUCAAUAUGCCUUGCCUAUUGCUGUUUCGGUUAGUUCUUAUUGUACUAUUUCACUGUAGAGCCCCCAAUCCCGCUCAACCUGCCUCAGAUAGCUCCUUUGUCCCACCCCCCACACACGCGGAGACCGGCUCAAUCGGUGCCUCCAGUGAUGCUAUCUCUUUCAUCGUUACCCAACACUGUACUCAUAUCCUUCCAUAUCCUUGUCUGUACAUAAUGCCCUGAAUCUAUUCUACAACGGCCGGAAAUCUGCCCCUUUUAUUCUCUGUACCCAACGCACGAGAAGACCAGUUCUUAAAGCCUUUAGCCGUAUCCUUAUUCUAUUCCUCCUCUGUUCCUCUGGUGAUGUAGAGGUUAACCCAGGCCCUGUAGCCCCCAGUAUCACUCCUACUCCCCAGGCGCUAUCAUUUGUUGACUUCUGUAACCGCAAAAGCCUUGGUUUCUUGCAUGUUAACAUCAGAAUCCUCCUCCCUAAGUUUGAGUUAUUCACUGCGUUAGCACACUCCGCCAACCCUGAUGUUCUAACAGUGUCUGUAUCCUGGCUUAGGAAGGCCACCAAAGAUUCAGAAAUGUCCAUUCCCAACUACAACAUUUUUCGUCUAGAUAGAACUGCCAAAGGGGGCAGAGUUGCAAUCUACUGUAGAGAUAGCCUGCAGAGCUCUAUCAUACUAUCCAGGUCUGUGCCCAAACAGUUUGAGCUUCUACUUCUAAAAAUCCACCUUUCCAGAAAUGUCUCUCACUGUCAAACGCUCCCUAAAACACUUCAGCGAGCAGGCCUUUCUAAUUGACCUGGCCCGGGUCUCCUGGAUGGAUAUUGACCUCAUUUCCUCCGUAGAGGAAGCCUGGUUGUUCUUUAAAAGUGCUUUUCUCUCCAUCUUAAAUAAGCAUGCCCCAUUCAAAAAAUACAGAACUAAGAACAGAUAUAGCCCCUGGUUCACCCCAGACUUGACUGCCCUUGACCAGCACAAAAACAUCCUAUGGCGUACUGCAUUAGCAUCGAACAGCCCCCGCGAUAUGCAACUUUUCAGGGAAGUCAUGAACCAAUAUACACAAUCAGUUAGGAAAGCAAAGGCUAGCUUCUUCAAACAGAAACUCCAAAAUGUUUUGGGACACUGUAAAGUCCAUGGAGAAUAAAAGCACCUCCCAGCUGCCCAUUGCACUGAGGCUAGGAAUCACUGUCACUACCGAUAAAUCUACGAUAAUCGAACAUUUCAACAAGCAUUUUGCUAUGGCUGGCCAUGCUUUCCACCUGGCUACCCCUACCCCGGCCACCAGCUAUGCACCCUCCGCUGCAACUUGCCCAUGCCCCCCCCGCUUCUCCUUCAUCUAAAUUCAGAUAGCUGAUGUUCUGAAAGAGCUGCAAAAUCUGGACCUCUACAUAUCAGCUGGGCUAGACAAUCUGGACCCUUUCUUUCUAAAAUUAGCCGCCAAAAUUGUCGCAACCCCUGUUACCAGCCUGUUCAAACUGUAUUUCGUAUCGUCUGAGAUCCCCAGAGAUUGGAAAGCUGCCGCGGUCAUCCCCCUCUUCAAAGGGGGUGGCACUCUAGAUCCAAACUGUUACAGACCUAUAUCCAUCCUGCCCUGCCUUUCGAAAGUAUUUGAAAGCCAAGUUAACAAACAGAUCACCGACUAUUUCGAAUCCCACCGUACCUUCUCCGCUAUGCAAUCUGGUUUCCGAGCUGGUCAUGGGUGCACCUCAGCCACGCUCAAGGUCCUAAACGAUAUUAUAACCGCGAUCGAUAAAAGACAGUACUGUGCAGCCGUCUUCAUCGACCUGGCCAAGGCUUUCGACUCCAUCAAUCACCGCAUUCUUAUUGGCAGACUAAAUAGCCUUGGUUUCUCAAAUGACUGCCUCGCCUGGUUCACCAACUACUUCUCAGAUAGAGUUCCAUGUGUCAAAUCAGAGGGCCUGUUGUCUGGACCUCUGGCAGUCUCUAUGGGGGUGCCACAGGGUUCAAUUCUCGGGCCGACUCUAUUCUCUGUGUAUAUCAAUGAUGUCGCUCUUGCUGCUGGUGACUCUCAGAUCCACCUCUACGCAGACGACACCAUUUUGUAUACAUCUUGCCCUUCAUUGGACACUUUGUUAACAUACCUCCAAACGAGCUUCAAUGCCAUACAGCACUCCUUCCGUAGCCUCCAACUGCUCUUAAACGCUAGUAAAACUAAAUGCAUGCUCUUCAAUUGAACGGUGCUUGCACCCGCCCGCCCAACUACCUCAUCCCCAUAUUGUUAUUUAUUUUGCUCAUUUGCACCCCAGUAUCUCUAUUUGCACAUCAUCUUCUGCAUAUCUAUCAUUCCAGUGUUAAUACUAAAUUGUAAUUAUUUUGCACUAUGGCCUAUUUAUUGCCUUACCUCCAUAACUUAUUACAUUUGCACACACUGUAUAUAGAUUUUAUAUUGUGUUAUUGACUGUACGUUGUGUUUAUCCCAUAUGUAACUCUGUGUUGUUGUUGUUUUUAUCGCACUGCUUUGCUUUAUCUUGGCCAGGUCGCAGUUGUAAAUGAGAACUUGUUCUCAACUGGCUUAACUGGUUAAAUAAAGGUGAAAUAAAAAAAUUAAAAUUAGCGGACCGAUGUAGCGCAUGAUAAAUACACCAUUAAAUAAUUACUUAAAUGUGUCAUUAAUUAAUUCAAAUUAGAAUUAAAUACAUAAAUGUGUAAUUAAAUGUAUCAUUAAUUAAUUCAAAUACCGAUUCAUUUUAUGUAAAAUACAUAUAUAAUUAUUUCACUAUUUACAUUUACAUUUCAUGAUCCUGCAUUGCAGUGAUUCAUGAAUUACUUAAAACUGUCAAACUGACCCAUCAAAGUCAGUGGGCGGGGCUAACGCGAAUCUAGUCUGAUCCAUUGCUUUGGUCUGAAGUAGAGUAGGCCAACCUGGAUAGAGACAAUGGAGGAUCUCCGUGAACUUUCCAGGGAGUUGGUUAGAGACAUUUUAAACUUAGCAGAGGAUGUAGAAGCAGGACCUGCUGACAUUAUCCGGAAUUGAUUUGUCUUGGCUUGAUGCAGAGGGUAACCAAUCAGGCGUUAGGUUCCGCCUACCAACUUUUGAUGGGUCAGUUUGACAGUUUUAAGUAAUUCAGGAAGCACCCCCCCCCCCCCCCCCCCCCAAACAUCUUCCCAUGGCUAUCAACGCACCUUUGAAUCACUCCUGGCCAUAAUCUAUGUUCUGACUCCUGAAUCAGUUUACCCUGCCUCAACUGUAAGGAGAUAAAUACUUACAUGUAAAAUGGAUGUCAAUGUAAACAAAUUGUAUAAUCUCGAUCAAUCAUAAUUUACAGUAUAGACAACGUUGACCUUUCUCUUGUUUUCUGUGAGCCAGGGCUGACUAGCUUUUCUCUCUUCUCUCCGACAUCCCUUGUGUGCCCUGCCCCCUACCCCCAACUCCCUGCCCAGCCUCAGCCCUGGGAGACAGCAUGGACCAGCUGUCCCAGCGCAGCUCCAGUGAUCACACCCAAUUCCUGUCCAGGGAAGACCUGGAACAAGAGGGUAGUCUGGACCUAGACCAGGAUCAGGAUUACCAGGAACAAGACCAGGAGUAUCAGGAUCAGGAUGAGGAGACUGAUGGUGUUGCCACGUCCACCAAGACCAUGGAGCUGAAGGUACAAGGCGAGGCAAGGGUGGCGGACCCUAUAUUCAUAGUAGAUGAUGGCUCCCUUUUUUCUUGAGUCCUCUUCGUCAUGAGGAUCACUGAUCACAGGUGAAAGGAUAAAGGAUAGUUUUCUGCCAUUUUGUAAGUAAGUAUUUGGACAAAUUCACAGUGUAUUAAAGUAGUCAAACGUUUAGUACUAUUUGGUCCCAUAUUCCUUGCACUCAAUGACUACAUCAAGCUCAUGACUCUACAAACUUGUUGGAUGUAUUUGCAGUUUGUUUUGGUUGUGUUUCAGAUUAUAUUUUGCCCAAUAGGAACUGAAUGGUGAAUAAUAUAUUGUAUCAUUUUGGAGUCACGUGUAUUGUAAGUAAGAAUAGAUGUUUCUGAACACUUCUUCAUUAAUGUGGAUGCUACCAUGAUUAUGGAUGAAUCGUGAAUAAUGAUGAGUGAGAAAGUUACAGAGGCACAAAGAUCAUAUCCCCCCCAAAAAAUGCUAACCUCCUCUGUUAUCAGUAAUGGUGAGAGAUUAGCAUGUUUUGUUGUAGCCUCUGUAGCCUUCUCACUCAUCAUGAUUCAUUCAUUAUUUUUUCUUAAUCAUGGCAUUAUCAGGAUUAAUUUAGAAGUGUUCAGAAAAAUCUUAUCUACUCACUAAGAAAUAAAAUUACUCCAGUCAUCAUUCACCAUUCAGUUCCUAUUGGGCAAAACAUAACCCAAAGCACAAACAAAAUAAACUGUGAAUGUAGUUGUAGUCAUAGCAUGCUGUGGUCCUCUGUAGCGCAGCUGGUAGAGCACGGCGCUUCUAACGCCAAGGUAGUGGGUUCGAUCCCCGGGACCACCCAUACACAAAAAUGUAUGCACGCAUGACUGUAAGUUAUUAUUAUUAUAGGAAUAUGUGACCAAAUACUACACUUUUGACUUAAUACACUAUAAGUGAAUUUGUCCGAAUACUUAAGACUUCUUCAAAUGGGGGGACUAGAUACAUAGGCCGUGUCCGAAUGCGAAAAUCGUUUUAUAGUUUAUACGUUUUAUAGAAUGUGAAAUUUCUGCUUUUCAACUAGUAGAAAUCGCUGCACAAAGGAAGAUAAUUGUCUUUUCACACCCACGUGUGUUUGACAACAGCUGAUAAUCAGAAUAGGUGACUCGCUCUACAAAAAUGAACGAAUGGCCGGGGAACAAGCGCGAUAGUAUGUAGUUUAAGUAAGUAGUAGGCAAGACAGAUUUCGGACACGGCCAUUAGGUGCUUUAAUUUCUAAAUGGUAAAACUGAUAAUGAAAAUACCCUCAAAUAAAAGAUGACAUUAUGUACUGUCGCCUCUUAUGAAAUAUUCGAUCUCAAAUCCAAAAUGCUGGAAUAUAAAUCAGGGGUGGGCAAACCUUUUGGCUCAAUGGCCACAUCGGGAUUUCGAAAUUCAACGGAGGGCCGCACACAUCUUCUUUUAACCGAUUUGUUUGUCAAACAACACAGGAUGUAGUUUGCCCACCCCAUACAGUGAGGGAAAAAAGUAUUUGAUCCCCUGCUGAUUUUGUAAGUUUGCCCACUGACAAAGAAAUGAUCAGUCUAUAAUUUUAAUGCUAGGUUUAUUUGAACAGUGAGAGAUAGAAUAACAACAAAAAAAUCCAGAAAAACACAUGUCAAAAACGUUAUAAAUUGAUUUGCAUUUUAUUGAGGGAAAUAAGUAUUUGACCCCCUCUCAAUGAGAAAGAUUUCUGGCUCCCAGGUGUCUUUUAUACAGGUAACGAGCUGAGAUUAGGAGUACACUCUUAAAGGGAGUGCUCCUAAUCUCAGCUUGUUACCUGUAUAAAAGACACCUGUCCACAGAAGCAAUCAAUCAAUCAGAUUCCAAACUCUCCACCAUGGCCAAGACUAAAGAGCUCUCCAAGGAUGUCAGGGACAAGAUUGUAGACCUACACAAGGCUGGAAUGGGCUACAAGACCAUCGCCAAGCAGCUUGGUGAGAAGGUGACAACAGUUGGUGCGAUUAUUCGCAAAUGGAAGAAACACAAAAUAACUGUCAAUCUCCCUCGGCCUGGGACACCAUGCAAGAUCUCACCUCGUGGAGUUUCAAUGGUCAUGAGAACGGUGAGGAAUCAGCCCAGAACUACACGGGAGGAUCUUGUCAAUGAUCUCAAGGCAGCUAGGACCAUAGUCACCAAGAAAACAAUUGGUAACACACUACGCCUUGAAGGACUGAAAUCCUGCAGCGCCCGCAAGGUCCCCCUGCUCAAGAAAGCACAUAUACAGGGCCGUCUGAAGUUUGCCAAUGAACAUCUGAAUGAUUCAGAGGAGAACUGGGUGAAAGUGUUGUGGUCAGAUGAGACCAAAAUUGAGCUCUUUGGCAUCAACUCAACUCGCCGUGUUUGGAGGAGGAGGAAUGCUGCAUAUGACCCCAAGAACACCAUCCCCACCGUCAAACAUGGAGGUGGAAACAUUAUGCUUUGGGGGUGUUUUUCUGCUAAGGGGACAGGACAACUUCACCGCAUCAAAGGGACGAUGGACGUGGCCAUGUACCGUCAAAUCUUGGGUGAGAACCUCCUUCCCUCAGCCAGGGCAUUGAAAAUGGGUCGUGGAUGGGUAUUCCAGCAUGACAAUGACCCAAAACACACGGCCAAGGCAACAAAGGAGUGGCUCAAGAAGAAGCACGUUAAGGUCCAGGAGUGGCCUAGCCAGUCUCCAGAUCUUAAUCCCAUAGAAAAUCUGCGGAGGGAGCUGAAGGUUCGAGUUGCCAAACGUCAGGCUCGAAACCUUAAUGACUUGGAGAAGAUCAGCAAAGAGGAGUGGGACAAAAUCCCUCCUGAGAUGUGUGCAAACCUGGUGGCCAACUACAAGGAAACAUCUGACCUCUGUGAUUGCCAACAAGGGUUUUACCACCAAGUACUAAAUCAUGUUUUAGUCAAAUACUUAUUUCCCUCAUUAAAAUGCAAAUCAAUUCAUAAAAUUUUUUACAUGCGUUUUUCUGGAUUUUUUUGUUGUUUUUCUGUCUCUCACUGUUCAAAUAAACCUACCAUAAAAAUUAUAGACUGAUCAUGUCUUUGUCAGUGGGCAAAUGUACAAAAUCAGCAGGGGAUCAAAUACUUUUUUCCCUCACUGUAUAUAGAGCCAAUGUGGUUCACUGUCCAAAUUCACAUGACGGUGAGUGUAAGUCUAGCUUUCUACCUAACAUGUAUGUAUUGUUAGAUCCCCCUUUUUAUUAUGGCUGAAUCGGACACCUCUUCCCCAGAGCUAAACAACCUAAUCACAUUCUGCGCAUGUGUUACAGACACUGUGAGACAUGCGAGCUGAGACAGGAUCAGAGACGGUAUCGCCAGUGGUAGUGUCGUGACCAAAUGUUUUCUUUCAAGUAGGAUAGCAGCCUUCAUGAGAAAUAUUAUAGUAUUGGUAACCAUCUGGAUGUUACAGGGAUACAUUCUAUUCAGUGGGGAGAGCAUGCAAGGCAAGUCUGUGUUUCACAACACCGGGAUACAAUGUCCGGCAGUUUUGUUAACGUUUUAGCGAGGGAAGUAUUAUUGCCAAUUUCUCAAGUUGACAGCUAAAGCACAGGUGACAGUGGUUGCUUGGUUGUAGUGAUUUUUCACCGAAAAUAUACAAGUAUGGCAUUGAAAUUAUCUAAACUAAAUGAAUCCUGAACACUUAGCUAACUCCCAAUUUCACACACACACACACACACACAGGAGGGGGAAGCAGCAGCGGUGGGAGCAGCAGAUACGUAAAACUAAUUGUAAAGUAGAGAAUCCCACACAUGCUCAGAAGCUUCGGUUGUUAAGCUAUCUGGAAGAGGCAUCCGUUUUAUUAUUGUAACACUAUUAAUAUGAUUGAAAACAAAAGAACCUGGUAAAAAAAGACCUUUGGUUAGUAAGUUAAAUUCAGGUUUGUUGGAAUUGUGGUUAUUUACCAAAUGUAUCUAAUACCUAACUAGUUUUUCUAAAUGAUAUGCAUAAGAUACAGAGAAGAACGAUACAUUUUACUCAUAUCCCUCCCCUUGCUGUUUCAGUAUACCUAACCUGUAGCACAGUGAGAAAAUCCAUCAUGUGAGCCCCUGACUUCCACUCAUCUCUCUCUCCUGCCUUCACUUUACACUCUAAUCCAUAUUCCCUCUCUCCUGCCUUCACUUUACACUCUAAUCCAUAUUCCCUCUCUCCUCGGCUCCUCUUCUCUUCCCUCCCUUCCGCUCCUCACCCAAGAAACCUCUCUGUGGAACUUUCCUGAAUCUCCUCUUCAAAUCUAACAUGCUCUCUCUUUCCCCUCACCCCGUUUUAACUCUGCGCCCUUCACUCUCUUAAAAUUCCCCUCUCCUCUUCCUGCUGUGGCUUCCUGCGACCCACUAACCAACCACUUCUCUCUUCCCACCUCCUUCGCUUGCAGGGUGAGGAGGCAGGCUCGCCAGUAGACUCAAAGCCUGAGGUACUUUGUCUGUGAUGAGUAGUGUCUGUCUUUCUGUAUGUCUGUUUGUCUGUCCAUUCUGGGUUUUAGUGUUGUUUAAAUCUUUAUUCAGCCUGUUCCGUCUUGUAGCUAGGUUAUUACUCCAAGUGUUAUUCCUCAUUGACAGUACAGUCAUGGCUUUCUUAGAUCCCUUGGCUUUGGGCACAGCCUAAAUCACAUCACCUGACUUCAAAUUGGAUCACCGUAGUAGUAUAGGGUAGGCUAAUGGCAAUAUGAAGUCUGGGUACUAUCAAGGUAUUUAGACUGUGUUUGGUCAGUGUUUGUAAUAUGUCUACAUUAGGAAUUAAUUUCAGUGCAUCUGAGUGGCCAGCUGUGUUCAAUAAUGGGUGCAUUACAAUUUUAAUGUGUACAUUGUCAUUAGAAGGAUUAGCUGAGCUUGAACAGAUGGUGUAGAACCACAACUACUGUAUGUUUGAUUUACAUUCAUCUCCAUAAUACAACACUUUGUCAUUGCACAGAAUGUUUGGAGCACGAGACUCUGAGUCCUUCCUCCAAAUAUCUUAGUUACAGUAUUUAUGUAAUUCACCAGUCUACAUCUCUCUGUACAUCUGUUUCCGAAUGCUAGAUGUUUCCAUUGCCGAACAAACUCACUGUCUCAGUGAGAUGCUUGGAUGCUACCAACACGACCUCUCUGUGUGUGUGUGUGUAUGUGUAGUCGCCUGCCUUCUUGACUCACCUGCGGUACUCUACCUCUUUGUCUCUGCACGUGCCCCACCCCCACCCCACCUCUUCCACCGUGCCUCUGCUCCACUCUCCCCGCCCCCCUCCCCCAGUCGGACCAGGAUCUGGCCACCCCACGCCCCCAACAGGAGGUACUGCUUCUUGCUCUGUGCCUGUGCUCUCUCUCUGUGACCCCUCACCAGGUGUGCUGUCAUGAGCUGUGAUGUGCUGUGUAUCUCAUCGUACCUGUGUCCAUCUGUAAGGGCAGCAAUAUAUGUUGUUCAGUACCCCUCAGUUUGUUUGCAUUUAUUAAUUUUUUACAACCAAGCACAACUUUAUUGUAAAAGUUCAGUUGUAGGUUUGGACAUUGUUAACAUAGACAAAGCCAGUAGGAGACGGAGUAUUCUGCAUUUUUGUUCUAUCGUCUUUAUAGCCGCAGUCUCUAUUAAGCUACAUUAUAAUAAUACAGUAUUGCAAUAAAGUGUAACACUUGACUUGACACCAAGUGUCAUAACAUGUUAUGACACAGUCAUAACCAUGUCAUAAUAUGUCAUAACAGCUGACAUAAACUUUGUCAUAACCUGCCAUAAUAUGGUCAUUACACUGUCGAAAGUGAAGUCCAAAAUACUGAUAUACACUAACAGCAACAAGGAAACAAUAACCCACAACACAAAGGAGAAAACAUACAGAAUAUAUAUGGCUCCCAAUCAGAGAUAACGAGCCGACAGCUGACACUCGUUACCUCCGAUUGGGAGUCAUCGACCAAUCACCACAUGACACAAACAAAAUGAAACUCACCCAUCCCCAACACCACCAAAUGAAAUACACCCAAACACAUGAAAAUGAACAACCCUGGCUCAAUAUAAACGUCCAUAGAGCCAGAGUGUCACAGUACCCCCCCCUAAAGGUGCGAACUCCGGGCGCACCAACAUCAGGACUAGGGGAGGGUCUGGGUGGGCGUCUGUCCAUGGUGGCGGCUCUGGCCCCGGUCGUGAUCCCCACCCCACCACAGUCACAACCUGCUUCGGUAGCCUCCUCCUAAUGACCACCCUCCACCUAACCCCACCUGGACUAAGGGGCAACCCCGGACUAAGGGGCAGCAUCGGCCUAAGGGGCAGCACCGGGAUAGCGACGCGCACCGUACACUUAGUGCGAGGGACCGGAACAGGCCGGGCUGGGCUGGCGACACGCACCGUACACUUGGUGCGGGUGGCAGGAUCAGGCCGAACCGGACUGGCGACGCGCACCGUACACUUAGUGCGAGGGGCCGGAACAGGCCGUACCGUACGGGGAACACACACUACUGGCUGUACCUCGGGACUAGGAACGGGCCGGACCGAACUGGUUACACACCCCAGUACCUCUCGCCGUGCCUCUACACCUUCCUUCCCUGCUUUACCCAGUAGCCCCCUUGACCUGGUAGCCUCCUGAAUCCGUCCCUUCUCUGCCUCCGUCAGCCCCCUUAACCUGGUAGCCUUCUGCAUCUGCCUUGUGGCAGCCUCCUGCUGCUCAGUCGCCCAAGCCAUGUGCCCCCCCCAAAAAAUUUCUUGGGGUUGCCUCUCGUCCUUCCGACGUUGGCUCUGCCGACGCCGUUGCUCCUCUCGCCGUCGCCUCUCCACCGUCUCGCUCCAUGGACGGCGAUCCAUACCCUCCAGGAUCUCCUCCCAAGUCCAGGACCCUUUACCGUCCAACAGUUCCUUCCAUGUCCAGACCCUUUGCUCCUGGACGCGCUGCUUGGUCCUUUUAUGGUGGGUUUUUCUGUCACGGUCGUCUACAACAGGAGACCAAUGCGCAGCGUUGUGAGUGAACAUGAUGACUUUAUUUAUCAAAGCAACCACGAAAAACAACAAAAGACGAUACGUGAAGUUCUCUAUGACACCGACUGAACAUAGCACAAGGAAACACAAACCCACAAACACAAGGAGAAAAACACACAGAAUAUAUAUGGCUCCCAAUCAGAGAUAACGAGCCGACAGCUGACACUCGUUACCUCCGAUUGGGAGUCAUUAACCAAUCACCAAAACACAAACAAAUGAAACUCACCCAACCCAACACCACCAAAUGAAAUACACCCUGGCUCUAACACACAGUCCCGGAGCCAGAGUGUGACAUCAUGACCCAUAUAUUUACCUCUGUUGUGACAUAUAUUGUGUUAUUUUAUGGCUGGUUAUGACACCUACAUCAUAUUUUAAAUAACUUGUAGAAAAUACACUUUAUGACACUUUCAUGAAGCAUUAUGACCAUCCUGUGUCACUUUAUUUGGACUAAGAAAAUACACUUUAUGACAAUGUCAAGAAGCAUAAUGACCAUCACAAUCAUAUAAGCCAGAUAGGCCUAUCAUGCCCUUAUAUCAGUCAUCAGUCAAAAAGAGGGUGUCUUGUCCUGCUCCUGAAAUCUGCUCCUGCAUUCAUCCCAGUCAUCAGCAACAGAGCGUAGGUGUUCAAAUAAAAUUGUAUUUGUCACAUGCGCCGAAUACAACAGGUGUAGACCUUACCGUGGAAUGCUUACUUACAAGCCCUUAACCAACAAUGCAGUUCAAGAAAUAGAGUUUAGAAAAUAUUUGCUAAAUAAACUAAAGUAAAAAAUAAAAUAAAAAGUAGCACAAUAAAAUUACAUAACAAUAAUGAGGCUAUAUACAAGGGGUACCGGUACCGAGUCAAUGUGCGGUGGUACAGGUUAGUCGAGGUAAUUUGUAAAUGUAGGUAGGGGUAAAGUGACUAUGCAUAGAUAAUAAACAGCGAGUGGGGGGGGGGGGGGGGGGGGGGGGGGGGGAACAGUAUGACUUGGGUGACUGGAGUCUUUGACAAUUUUUUGGGCCUUCCUCUGACAUGCCUAGUAUAUAGGUCCUGGAUGGCAGGAAGCUUGGCCCCAGUGAUGUAUUGGGCCGUAUGCACUACCCUCUGUAGCGCCUUAUGGUUGGAUGCCGAGCAGUUGCCAUACCAGGCAGUGAUGCAACUGGUCAGGAUGCUCUCGAUGGUGCAGCUGUAAAGCGUUUUGAGGAUCUGGGGAUCCAUACCAAAUCUUUUCAGUCUCCUGAGGGGUAAAAGGUGUUGUCGUGCCCUCUUCACGACUGUCUUGGUGUGUUUGGACCAUGAUACUUUGUUGGUGAUGUGGACAACAAGGAACUUGAAACUCUCGAUCCGCUCCACUACAGCCCUGUCAAUGUUAAUGGGGGCCUGUUCGGCCCUCCUUUUCCUGUAGUCCACGAUCAUCUCCUUUGUCUUGCUCACGUUGAGGGAGAGGUUGUUGUCAUGGCACCAUACUGCCAGGUCUCUGACCUCCUCCCUAUAGGCUGUCUCAUCGUUGUCGGUGAUCAGGCCUACCACUGUUGUGUCCUCAGUAAACUUAAUGAUGGUGUUGGAGUCGUGCUUGGCCUCGCAGUCAUGGGUGAACAGGGAGUACAGGAGGGGACUAAGCACUCACCCCUGAGGGGUCCCGGUGUUGAGGAUAAGCGUGGCAGAUGUGUUGUUGCCUACCCUUACCACCUGGGGGCGGCCCGUCAGGAAGUCCAGGAUCCAGUUGCAGAGGGAGGUGUUUAGUCCCAGGGUCCCUAGCUUAGUGAUGAGCUUUGUGGAAGCUAUGGCGUUGAAUGCUGAGCUGUAGUCAAUGAACAGCAUUCUCACAUAGGUGUUCCUUUUGUCCAGGUGGGAAAGGGCAGUGUGGAGUGCGAUUGUGUCAUCUGUGGAUCUGUUGGGGUGGUAUGCGAAUUGGAGUGAGUUUGAUAUCAACGUGUGCGCAAUUACAAGGAUAAUUUAAUAUGGUACAUUUCAAAAAUAUAUAUACAACAUAAACACUGUUGACACGUAGGCUAUGGUGUAAUGGAAUGUUUUGCCUUAUGUGGUAGGUUUUGUGGGGUUUUACACUCUUAUGUAGGUGUCAUAACCAGCCAUACUGUAAAAUAACUACCGUGGUAGGUUUUGUGGGUUGUUACACUCUUAUGUAGGUGUCAGAACCAGCCAUAAAAUAACGCAAUAUAUGUCAUAACAAAUCUAAAUAUAUGUGUCAUGACAGUGUUAUGACCAUAUUAUAACAGGUUUUGACAAGUUAUGUCAGCUGUUAUGACAUAUUAUGACAUAGUUAUGUCAUCGUGAUUGAAAGAUAUUUAAUCAGAUAACGUUACCACUGAGGAGGACAUAACAUCAGUUGAUUUGAAAGAUUUUCAUACUGUGUGAUCUGGUAAUCUGGAAAAUUCUAGAUAUCUCUUGCCUGAAAUAUGUAAUUCCAGGGCAGAUAAAAAACAUUGUACUCUUUACUCAAGAGGAGUGUAAUGGGGUCCAUGUCUAUACUCAUCUAUUCAUCCAUGCAUAGCAGCGUUAGUCUCAUUCUUCAGCCCAUAUCAGAAACAGAUUGGAUAUUUGUUGUAACAUCCAUGUUGUGAGCUCCGAGCAGAAUUGAAAUGGAGGUGGAAUUUGAGAUGAAGAAUUACAAACACAUAAUAUACCAUUAACACAGCACUUUUCAUUCAAAUGUCCAUGUCUGGUUCAAUUCUGAAAUGGAAGUGGGAGGAGUCCUAACUCCAGUCUGUGACCUAUCUCCCUCUCUCUAUCUAGCAGCAGUUCCUGGACAAGCCCGAGGAUGUCCUGCAGAAGCACCAGGCCAGCAUCAACGAACUAAAGAGAGCUCUCAGGGAGCCCAACAGCAAGCUGUCACAGAGGGAGAAACGCCUGUCCUCAGCCACGCCCCCCGGAGGCACCCCAGAGAGGAAACAAGUAAGGAAGGGGGGGUUCCUUGCGAUGUUACUUUCCAACACUCUAAUUUGGAAUCUUACUGUAUACUCAUUCUCACCAGCCCAGCAAACAUGACCCCAUUGGCCCCCUGUGGGUAUUCGGUGGGCAAGGUGGGCUCGGGCUAGCCCACACCAAGCCAACACCAGCCCAUCGCGGGCUAGCCCAGCACAGCCUAGCCUACACCACGCCCAACUACUUCAUAAUGUACAGUCGUGGUGAAAAGUUUUGAGAAUGACACAAGUAUUGGUCUUCACAAAGUUUGCUGCUUCAGUGUUUUUAGAUAUUUUUGUCAGAUGUUACUAUGGUAUACUGAAGUAUAAUUACAAGCAUUCCAUAAGUGUCAAAGGCUUUUAUUGACAAUUACAUUAAGUUUAUGCAAAGAGUCAAUAUUUUCAGUGUUGACCCUUCUUUUUCAAGACCUCUGCAAUCUGCCCUAGCAUGCUGUCAAUUAACUUCUGGGCCACAUCCUGACUGAUGGCAGCCCAUUCUUGCAUAAUCAAUGCUUGGAGUUUAUCAGAAUUUGUGGGUUUUUGUUUGUCCACCCGCCUCUUGAGGAUUGACCACAAGUUCUCAAUGGGAUUAAGGUCUCUGGAGUUUCCUGGCCAUGGACCCAAAAUGUUGAUGUUUUGUUCCCUGAGCACUUUUGCCUUAUGGCAAGGUGCUCCAUCAUGCUGGAAAAGGCAUUGUUCGUCACCAAACUGUUCUUGAAUGGUUGGGAGAAGUUGCUCUCGGAGGAUGUGUUGGUACCAUUCUUUAUUCAUGGCUGUGUUCUUAGGCAAAAUUGUGAGUGAGCCCACUCCCUUGGCUGAGAAGCAACCCCACACAUGAAUGGUCUCAGGAUGCUUUACUGUUGGCAUGACACAGGACUGAUGGUAGCGCUCACCUCGUCUUCUCCGGACAAGCUUUUUUUCCGGAUACCCCAAACAAUCGGAAAGGGGAUUCAUCAAAGAAAAUGACUUUACCCCAGUCCUCAGCAGUCCAAUCCCUGUACCUUUUGCAGAAUAUCAGUCUAUCCCUGAUGUUUUUCCUGGAGAGAAGUGGCUUCCUCGCUGCCCUUCUUGACACCAGGCCAUCCUCAAAAGUCUUCGCCUCACUGUACGUGCAGAUGCACUCACACCUGCCUGCUGCCAUUCCUGAGCAAGCUCUGCACUGGUGGUGCCCCGAUCCCGCAGCUGAAUCAACUUUAGGAGAUGGUCCUGGCGCUUGCUGGACUUUCUUGGGUGCCCUGAAGCCUUCUUCACAACAAUUGAACCUCUCUCCUUGAAGUUCUUGAUGAUCCGAUAAAUUGUUAAUUUAGCUGCAAUCUUACUAGCAGCAAUAUCUUUGCCAGUAAAGCCCUUUUUGUGCAAAGCAAUGAUGACAGCACAUGUUUCCUUGCAGGUAACCAUGGUUAACAGAGGAAGAAUAAUGAUUUCAAGCACCACCCACCUUUUAAAGCUUCCAGUCUGUUAUUCUAACUCAAUCAGCAUGACAGAGUGAUCUCCAGCCUUGUCCGCUUCAACACUCUCACCUGUGUUAACGAGGGAAUCACUGACAUGAUGUCAGCUGGUCCUUUUGUGGCAGGACUGAAAUGCAGUGGAAAUGUUUUUUUGGGGGAUUAACAUUUAACAUUUUAGUCAUUUAGCAGACGCUCUUAUCCAGAGCGACUUACAGUUAGUGAGUGCAUACAUUUUUAUUUUAUUUUUUCAUACUGGCCCCCCGUGGGGCAAAGAGGGACUUUGCAAUUAAUUGCAAUUCAUCUGAUCACUCUUCAUAACAUUCUGGAGCAUAUGCAAAUUGCCAUCAUAAAAACUGAGGCAGCAGACUUUGUGAAAAUUAAUAUUUGUGUCAUUCUCAAAACUUUUGACCACGACUGUAGAGGCUGGGGCUCAUUAGAAUAUUUGGGUCUGUGGAUUGCAGUUAUUUUUGUGCAACUGUUACUGAGAGUGUUGUUCCAGUUUGUUCUGUUGUUCAAAUGUAUCUUGUACACUCCCAAUGAUGAAGUCUUUAACCUGUUAGAUGUAAUGGCAAAAUUUAGAUUUCCGCCUACAGUGAGGAAAAAAAGUAUCUGAUCCCCUGCUGAUUUUGUACGUUUGCCCACUGACAAAGAAAUUAUCAGUCUAUAAUUUUAAUGGUAGGUUUAUUUGAACAGUGAGAGACAGAAUAACAACAAAAAAAUCCAGAAAAACGCAUGUCAAAAAUGUUAUGAAUUUAUUUGCAUUUUAAUGAGGGAAAUAAGUAUUUGACCCCUCUGCAAAACAUAACUUAGUACUUGGUGGCAAAACCCUUGUUGGCAAUCACAGAGCUCAGACGAUUCUUGUAGUUGGCCACCAGGUUUGCACACAUCUCAGGAGGGAUUUUGUCCCACUCCUCUUUGCAGAUCUUCUCCAAGUCAUUAAAGUUUCGAGGCUGACGUUUUGGCAACUCAAACCUUCAGCUCCCUCCUCAGAUUUUCUAUGGGAUUAAGGUCUGGAGACUGGCUAGGCCACUCCAGGACCUUAAUGUGCUUCUUCUUGAGCCACUCCUUUGUUCCCUUGGCCGUGAGUUUUGGGUCAUUGUCAUGCUGGAAUACCCAUCCACGACCCAUUUUCAAUGCCCUGGCUGAGGGAAGGAGGUUCUCACCCAAGAUUUGACGGUACAUGGCCCCGUCCAUCGUCCCUUUGAUGCGGUGAAGUUGUCCUGUCCACUUAGCAGAACAACACCCCCAAAGCAUAAUGUUUCCACCUCCAUGUUUGAUGGUGGGGAUGGUGUUCUUGGGAUCAUAGGCAGCAUUCCUCCUCCUCCAAACACGGCGAGUUGAGUUGAUGCCAAAGAGCUCCAUUUUGGUCUCAUCUUACCACAACACUUUCACCCAGUUCUCCUCUGAAUCAUUCAGAUGUUCAUUGGCAAACUUCAGACGGGCAUGUAUAUGUGCUUUCUUGAGCAGGGGGACCUUGCGGGCGCUGCAUGAUUUCAGUCCUUCAAGGCGUAGUGUGUUACCAAUUGUUUUCUUGGUGAUUAUGGUCCAAGCUGCCUUGAGAUCAUUGACAAGAUCCUCUCGUGUAGUUAUGGCCUGAUUCCUCACCGUUCUCAUGAUCAUUGCAACUCCACGAGGUGAGAUCUUGCAUGGAGCCCCAGGCCGAGGGAGAUUGACAGUUCUUUUGUGUUUCUUUCAUUUGCGAAUAAUCGCACCAACUGUUGUCACCUUCUCACCAAGCUGCUUGGCGAUGGUCUUGUAGCCCAUUCCAGCCUUGUGUAGGUCUACAAUCUUGUCCCUGACAUCCUUGGAGAGCUCUUUGGUCUUGGCCAUGGUGGAGAGUUUGGAAUCUGAUUGAUUGAUUGCUUCUGUGGACAGGUGUCUUUUAUACAGGUAACAAGCUGAGAUUAGGAGCACUCCCUUUAAGAGUGUGCUCCUAAUCUCAGCUCGUUACCUGUAUAAAAGACACCUGGGAGCCAGAAAUCUUUCUGAUUGAAAGGGGGUCAAAUACUUAUUUCCUUCAUUAAAAUGCAAAUUAAUUUAUAACAUUUUUGACAUGCGUUUUUCUGGAUUUUGUUGUUGUUAUUCUGUCUCUCACUGUUCAAAUAAACCUACCAUUAAAAUUAUAGACUGAUCAUUUCUUUGUCAGUGGGCAAACGUACAAAAUCAGCAGGGGAUCAAAUACUUUUUUCCCUCACUGUAAAUAGACAAACCUCAUGCGAGGGACAUAAACAAUAACUAGUAAUGCUUAUACAGCCAGAAAAAUCUCACCUUUCUGGCAAAAAUAGUUAUAAAUUGCUGAGUUGUACUCACUUUUGAGGACAUAGUACAUAGUACAAAUAUGCUGAAAAUAUGAAAUAUCAAAAUAUAAUAUACAGUAUGAUGCAAUUCCUAUUCAACAAAAGUGGGUGAAUAGGGCCUGACAUGACUGAUAUGCUCUCUAAAUAUAGUAACAGCCAAAUUAUAAAAUGACUCACUAUAAGAUUUCACCUUCCUUAUAACUGUAAAACAAAUAUGAUCAUGAACAUCACAGCAAAAUGAAACCAGUGACAUACUGAGCCAGAGAAAAAGGCCAAGAAAUGGUAUACGUAACUCCCUCAGCUCUGAAGGUCGUACUGCCUUAGUCAGCGACCAGAAUCACACACGCCUAUUUUUCUCUAAACCCAACACAGACACAUCUACAAGCUACAAACACAUUCAGAACCGGCCAAAAAUCCACGUAAGUCCCUGAUUUCGGGGAGUUUACAUCUAAGAAGUGUAUUUAAAUGAGUGCAUGUGAAAUUAAAAACUUAACAGUUUCUCUUGUAAAAUAAUAUAUGUAUGAUAGUAUUUGUCUUUCUGAUACAAUAAAACACGUUUGCUAAAAACCUUUAAGGCUAGAAAAUGUGUUAAAUUGCAAUAAAUACAUUUUGAAUAAAUACAUUUCCAUUAAAUAAGAGAUAAAACUGAUACAUUGGGCAAUACACCUAGGGCCAAUACUAUAAGCUCAUAUUGGGGCCCAAAUGGGCUCAAUAAGGGCAGCCGAUCCAAAGGGUGGGCUUAUUUCAGGCGAAAUGAGUGCUACCCUUGGGGCCACCUGCCUUAGGGCCAACAUGGAGCCGAUGAGCAAAGGUGCUUUGGCCCAAUGUGGGCAGCCUACAUUGAGCCAAUAUUUUAGCCUGCAUUGGGACCCACGUGCCCAAUACGUGUUGGCAUGUUUGCUGGGAGGGGUUUCCCUUACCACUUAAUUGGAAGGACAGGCACCCUCAUACUCUUUUUGUCCCCCUCCCCUGCCCAUGACUACAAGUAGUUAGCUUCCUUUGCAAAAUGUUGAUAGAAAAGCAACAGGAAACACGGCUCUCUAAUCCAAAAGGACUAGAUAAAAGGACUAGAUAGGUGGAAAAAAUAUUGCCAAAACGUAUAUAAAAAUAGUAUUCCACCAGAUAUAGCUUUCACGCAUCCAGUCAUUUCAAAUGACAUACUACCUAAGGUCCAUGGGGUGAUAUGGUGUAACAAACUUAAUAGUAAUGCAUUAGAAUAGUACAUGCAGCUUAAUGAAUCUGUGUUUUUACCAAUAUAUAGGCCUCUGUGGAUUCCAUAUUGAGUGAAAAGCAAGAUGGUGGUCAAGGAAGCUCAAAAGAAGAACAGAAUCAGUCCUCUCCCUAUACACUGCAUUUGGCUUUUGAUCCCAAAGACACAUGUAUUGGUAUGGUGUCUGAGAAUGUGCAACUUGGAAAAACAACAGAGAUGAAGCCUAUAACUUCACCUCAGGAUUCUGGGAAAACUAAAGCAGGUGGCACUGGAUCGAGAUCCCAAAGACAAGAAACAGUUUCGACUGCAACUGGACAUAAGGAUAUGCACUCCAUGGAUGAUGCAACCUUUGGAAGUAAUACGCAUUCAUAUGACACCUUUUUCUCAAGGAACAGUGUUCAAGAGAAUGGAUUUGAUUCACCUCCAGCGGAUAAUCUCUAUUCCAAACAGAGGAUUGAAAUGAAAAGAAAACAGUUGAAGCAGAGUCUGUAUCAGUAUGAAUCGUUCCCAGAGAGAAAAAACAAUAGCAAUGACCAGGUCGCUAUGGAAUCUAUAAAUAACGGCAACCAAGGUCGAAGUGAGUCUGAAAGAAAGAGGGAGAUGAGAGAACCUGAAGCUCUGGAAACAAAAGACCCAAAGCCAGAGAGAGGAAACAAUUCCAACAAAACUGGGAGUGCAUCACACUCCAAAGUCACCCGAAUAGUUCCUCUCAAGCCACAGAGAUCAAAGAAGUAUUUGAAUAAAGGGGGGAACGAAGGUGUCAUCAUACCUCAAACGCAAACCCAAGCUGAAGGAGGCGUGGCCGGAAGAGUAGAUGACACUCGGAUGAUGCAAUCAACAGAGGGGUCCUCUGAAACCAGAAAGAGAACAGGUGGUUUGCCUACAGCAUGUCCUGACCCAAAUGACAGCAAGCAAGGGAUGACAACCACCAACCAGCACACAGAGGUCGCAAAGCAACUACCAGAGAAUGAGCUACAAGGGACAGGUGAACACAAGGAUCAGAGGGACAUUUGUGGAUCGAGUUUCUGGACUGACGGUGGAAGACUAAUCCAUGAAGGACGUCCCGAGGCUUACCCAGAUUUUACAGACACCUUUUCCUUUGGCUCAAAGGUUUUGGCCUCCCAUGCAGCUCCCCCUCCAACCCUCCCUCUGAAAACACAGUGGUCCAAGGAGACUAGAGAUCGCAACAGGCAGAAUGUCACCAAUGACUCUAGCAACGGCCAUUACAGGAACUCUAGCCAGGAAGCAACCAAGAGGAAACAAGUGGUAACGCCGUCUGCCUAACCUGCCUGUCUAUCACUGGAAACUAAAGCAUUGCAUGUGCUUAAGUCGAUCACAACCUUGUUUUUAUCCACUUGAAUAUACACAUGUAGAACUCAUGUGGCUGUAUAUAAAAAAGCAGGUAAAAGCCUGUGGCCCUUCACAUCUUAUCAUUGGCCAAUGGCAUUUUGAGACUUAACAAGUUCAUGGCCCGGGAGCUCCUGGCUCUCGUUCCCCUCUGCAAAGCUUAACAUCUGCUUGUCCAUUUUAGAAACCGGUGGGCCUUUAAGCAAUGUUUCCAUUGCUUAAGCUUCUGGCGUCUGUUCGUCACCACGUUAACACCUGGUCUCUCCUUCCAACAUCAUCCUCUUACCUCCCUGACUAAAGGUGGUUGCUGUUGCAAGGAGUCAAUGGCCUUCGCACCAUCACCUUCCUUUGAAGCCACAGUGCGCUUUGGACAUUUGGCCAAAAUGUUCAGUGUUGGCAUCUCUACAGCAAUAGCCAAUAUGCCAUUUAUUAUGAGAUGUUAUGCACUAAUUCUUGGCUGCAGCGCUGCCAGCCACAUUGUUCAGGGCUGAGGUACUUGUACACUGGACUUAAGUAUACAAAUACCUGAUUCCUGGAAGGUAUUGUUAUCUAACCUCAACAGUGCAUGGCAUUACCAUCGCACUUACAGAUUUUGUGAUAAUGUUGACUUUAAACACAUCCUAUGUGCAUGUGUGAAAGUUGUGUGAACAAUUACCUCAAGUUAUUAUAUUCAUAUAUGAACUGUAAGCUUACAGUUAGCAUAGGUCUACUUUCAAUGGGAUUAGCAUGACAUUAUGAAGCCUCCUCAGCCUUGCCAUGUGCAAAAUAUCUUGGAACCACUGGCUAGAACAAUGUCUUCAACAAAAUGAUGGUGGAAACAGCUAUUAUGUGUGGUGACGUCAACAUAUGUUGCUCAUAACUUGUCAUACAGUUGGUUUCACAUUCACUCCAUUGUUUGGAAAAAAAUGUAACCAGCCUUGUACUGAAGUAAAGAGUAAAUCCCAAGGUGAUGUCACUGCAUUCAUUGACAAUGCAAACCCUUGAAUUCUCUCUGGGAAGUUUCUCGUUCAAUGACAGUCAGAAGGAUGAUGCCAAUAUUAUUGUGUGUACAGUUCAUGGCUGUUCUUUACAGUUUCGUUAGGUGAAAUAAAAUGGUCUCAUUUUGCUUCUAUAGGACACCCCUCCUACACCUGCCAUUCAUGAGGAGCCUUUUGACGAAGCCAUGGUGAGUCACUGUUUUGUUCAAUGUGCAAAACCUCUUCAGCAUGUUCAACCCCUUCAUUAGCAUCUGCUGAUCAUAAACAAAACACAAAGCUAAAAUAUGACCUUAAAGUCUAAUGAUGAAAGAUUAUUUGAUAUUUCUGUUUGACCUUUUAAGUAUAUAUUUUUUAGCACAGGUGCAAAAAUCUUUAUAUCGAGUCCCUUGUAUUGAGCCGACUAUGUUUUUUAAUUCUCUUGUCCGUCUUCUCCAAUCUAACCUGCAGAGGGAGCCAUGGGAGCGGCGGUUGGGCUCAGUGUCAGAGGACGACCAAGACCACGAGACCCUGUACCUGAAGGAAACCCACCUGGGCAUCGAGCGCAAGUGCUCCAGCAUCACGGUCAGCUCUACGUCCAGCCUGGAGGCCGAGGUAGACUUCACUGUCCUCAUGGACCUCCAUACGGGCAUGGAGGAGUUCUCCAGGGGCAUGAUGGAGCUGGGCGAGAGGCCCCUGUCACCCGACGUGGGCCUCAGCCUGAGCAUCGACCUGAUGCAGGGAACCCCGCCACCUCUCGUCUCGGCUCCUCUCACCGGGGCUAGCAGCAGCCCUCCUGCCAAGCAGCUGCACACCGAAGAGGUCCGACACCACGAGGUAAAGUACACAAGCAAACGCCACUGACAGUUUGGGUCCAGGUAGGUAUUUGAAGUGAUAGUUCACUAAAGGUUUACGGUUAUGGGAUCAUCUUUUAGCCUUAGAAUAAGUAACUAGUAAUGAGUUUACAGGUCAAAACGGCUGAAGUAAGCCUUAGUGUACAAAUCAUUACAUAAUUAACAGUAAUUGGCUAAAUUUAACAUUGACAUUGACAGUGUAAUGUGAGUACCAUUACAGCUCACUAAUGUUUUCUUGAAGUUUAUGCUGGACUUCACUGGUCUUUCAUAUGACAAAAUCAUGGGACUUUCUUUAAAGUCUCACUGCCUCCUUCUCACAAAUGAUCCCAAAAAUAUAACAAUUUAAUAAAGUUGGUUCAACACAGUGGCGGGUCAUUUUGACCCUAGGACAACGGGAGGGUUAAGGAAAUGUAAAGACGCUUUCUCUCAAAUAUUUUACAUACAGCUUGUGAGUGCUGAAUCUCAAAUUAAAUUCUAGCAAUGGAAGUUAUUAUUCUGUGUUUUCCUUCAAAGCCUGUUGUGCCCAGAAAACCAAAGAGGUCAGUGCCCAUCGACAGAGACCAGUCACAGAAAGAAACCACUUACUCAUCCCCCAUGACGGCGCUGAGCAGAGAGGCAAGUGACGUCGUCGCUUCCCAUGCACUGAGGAAGACUGAGGUCAAGGUCGACAGAGACCAGUCACAGAAAGAGACCACUUACGUGUCCGCCAUGACAGCGCUGAGCAGAGAGGCUAGUGAUGUCGUCGCAUCCCAUGCACUGAGGAAGACUGAGGUCAAGGUCGACAGAGACCAGACAGUGAGAGAGACCACUUACGUGUCCCCCAUGACAGCUCUGAGCAGAGAGGCUAGUUGCAUUGUCGCCAGCCAUGCACUGAGGAAGACCGAUGUCAAGGUCGAGACACAGUCCAAUGGGUCAGAGGUCACCACAACCAUCGUGGAGUUCACAGAUCAGGUAGAGAAGCAUUUCCGAUGGAGAUCUGGUACAAUUGAUCAGGUAGAGGCCAUUGCUCGUUAGGUAUAAAGAUAGAGAAAAGGUAUAUAGAUGCUACAGUAGAACCUCAAAUAUACAGACCUCAGAUUUAUAGACUGACCAGUCAACCAAAUGGGCAAUAUCAAACCUGGACAUUAUAAUUGCAAACAACAAACUUCUGUAGGCUACAGACAAAUGAAAAUGUUGCUUUCAUGUGCUAAAAACACAUCAGCCAUUUACAGUAUCUGACUAAAUGUUAGAAAAUGCACAUUAAUAUGCCAUUAGUGUUCUCUAUAAAGGUUUGAUGUUUUUUUUAAAGUCAUUUCAAAGUUACCAACAUUUCAGUAUUCGGUACGACCCCAAUUCUCUGUGGUCCUACCGUCGUGGUAACACUUUCUAUGAUGCAUACACACAUAUAUAUAUAUAUAUAUAAUGCCUAAUAAGUUCAUUUAAAAUGCCUUAUAACACUUGCUAUGACAUAUCAUAAUUGCUCAUAAGUAGUUAUAGCAUCCUUAUAAUACAUUCCUAUAAUGAUUUGAAAGCACAGAGAGUAUAAUGCAUUAUAUCUCGACUGAUCGUAAAAUGGUCUGUCUGACAUAUUUGAAAGUCUGUCAUUCAAACCAGGAGUGGGCAUCACAUCGGGUUUUCUGUCUCUUUCAGGAUCAUGGUGUGACUGUAAGCAGUAUAGGCGAGACUUCUUAUUCAACAACAGAAGGUGUUUCCCCUGUGAGUACAUUAUUACCUGACCUGUCCAAUUUUAACUCCAGCACACAGAUUGUAGGUCUCAGCAGCUUAAACCUACUUCUCCCUCUGUGUUAGAAUGAGAUUGUGUUAGAAUUAGAUGUGUUAGAGUGAACCAAAUAAUUUGAAUGUGUAUGCCUGACUAUGUAUCUAUGUAUGAGUAUGUUUGCAUUGUGCUGUUUAAUAUGGAUGCAUUCUGAAAGUAUUCAGACCCCUUGACUUUUUCCACAUUUUGUUACGUUACAGCCUUAUUCUAAAGACUGGUCAGUCUUGCGUAUGACGCUACAAGCUUGACACACCUGAAUUUGGGGAGUUUCUCCCAUUCUUCUCUGCAGACACUCUCAAGCUCUGGUUGGAUGGGGAGCGUCGCUGCACAGCUAUUUUCAGGUCUCUCCAGAGAUGAUCGAUGGGGUUCAAGUCCGGGCUCUGGAUGGGCCACUCAAGGACAUUCAGAGACUUGUCCCGAAGCCACUCCUGCACUGUCUUGGCUGUGUGCUUAAGGUGAACCUUCACCCCAGUCUGAGGUCCUGAGCACUCCGGAGCAGAUUUUCAUCUAGGAUCUCUCUGUACUUUGCUCCGUUCAUCUUUCCCUCAAGCCUGACUAAUCUCCCAGUCCCUGCCGCUGAAAAACAUCCUUCACCAUAGGGAUGGUGCCAGGUUUCCUCCACACGUGACGCUUGGCAUUCAGGCCAAAAAGUUCAAUCUUGGUUUCAUCAGACCAGAGAAUCUUGUUUCUCAUGGUGUGAGAGUCCUUUAGGUGCCUUUUGGCAAACUCCAAGCGGGUUGUCAUGUGCCUUUUACUGAGGAGUGGCUUCUGUCUGGCCACUCUACCAUAAAGGCCUGAUUGGUGGAGUGCUACAGAGAUGGUUGUCCUUCUGGAAUAUUCCCCCAUCUCCACAGAGGAACUCUGGAGCUCUGUCAGAAUGACCAUCAGGUUCUUGGUCAAUUCCCUGACCAAGGCCCUUCUCCCCCAAUUGCUCAGUUUGGCCGGGUGGCCAGCUCUAGGAAGAGUCUUGGUGGUUCCAAAAGUCUUCCAUUUAAAAAUGAUGGAGGCCACUGUCUUCUUGGGGACCUUCAAUGCUGCAGAAAUCUUUUGGUACCCUUCCCCAGAUCUGUGCCUCGACAAAAUCCUGUCUCAGAGCUCUAUGGAUAAUGCCUUCGACCUCAUGGCUUGGUUUUUGCUCUGACAUGCACUGUCAACCGUGGGACCUUAUAUAGACAGAUGUGUGCCUUUCCAAAUCAUGUCCAAUCAAUUUAAUUUACCACAGGUGGACUCCAAUCAAGUUGUAGAAACAUCUCAAGGAUGAUCAAUGGAAACAGGAUGCACCUGAGCUCAAUUUUGAGUCUCAUAGCAAAGGGUCUGAAUACUUAUGUAAAUAAGGUAUUUCUGUUUUUAAUUUUUAAUACAUUUGCAAACAUUUCUAAAAACCUGUUUUUGCUUUGUCAUUAUGGGUUAUUGUGUGUAGAUUGAUGAGGAAAAUGUUUUAUGUUAACCAUUUUAGAAUAAGGCUGUAACGUAACAAAAUGUGGAAAAGGUGAAGGGGUCUGAAUACUUUCCGAAUGCACUGUAUGUAUUUAAUCAUGUAUAUGUGUGUCUGUGUGUGUGCAUGUGUGUCCAUCAGACCUGGGUUUCAAAUAUCUCAAUUACUUUCACAUACAUUCAUAGUAAGUAUUCAGCUAUCUUUUAUUUGAAAAGACAAGUAGUGGAAUUAAUAUUUGAAUUUAUUUGGAAAUACACUUGGAAAGUAUUUGAAAAACUCAAAUACACUGACUUAAAUACACUCCUAUCCAUUUAAACUAGGUAUUUGAAAAUUAUAUUUGAAAUAAGUAUUUGAAAAUCCUGUCAAACACAAUUUAGCAGACUAUUAUUCAAAUACUCAAUAAUCCUGUCAAACACAAUUUAGCAGACUAUUAUUCAAAUACUCAAUAAAAGUACUUGUUUCGGGCUGUGUAUUUGAAAAUACUCAAAUACACAGAACAAAUAUUUUAAAUACCAGAUUCUCCAAUUCACAUUUGAACCCACGUCUGGUGUCCAUGUAUGAUCAUGAUGUCAUUAAUGCUUUUUUCCCCAUGUGUCCUGACAGGUGCACAUGUGUACUUUGGGAAGAGAGGCCUCUGGAUCUCCAAUACUUGUUACUGAGAAUGUUACCUCUGCAACCACACAUGUCACCAAGGUAUCAAAGAUGGUCAAAUAUGGUCUGACAUAUUCAGUACCUUCAGUAUUAUUGGUUUCCAUUGAUCUUAUGUUUUCUCUAGCUGUAGAGGUACAGUUGAAGUUGGAAGUUUACAUACACCUUAGCCAAAUACAUUUAAACUCAGUUUUUCACAAUUCCUGACAUUUAAUCCUAGUAAAAAUUCCCUGUCUUAGGUCAGUUAGGAUCACCAGUUUAUUUUAAGAAUGUGAAAUGUCAGAAUAAUAGUUGAGAUAAUGAUUUCUUUCAGCUUUUAUUUCUUUCAUCACAUUCCCAGUGGGUCAGAAGUUUACAUACACUCAAUUAGUAUUUGGUAGCAUUGCCUUUAAAUUGUUUAACUUGGGUCAAACGUUUCGCGUAGCCUUCCACAAGCUUCCCACAAUAAGUUGGGUGAAUUUUGGCCCAUUCCUCCUGACAGAGCUGGUGUAACUGAGUCAGGUUUGUAGGCUUCCUUGCUCGCACACGCUUUUUCAGUUCUGCCCACACAUUUUCUAUAGGAUUGAGGUCAGGGCUUUGUGAUGGCCACUCCAAUACCUUGACUUUGUUUUCCUUAAGCCAUUUUGGCACAACUUUGGAAGUAUGCUUGGGGUCAUUGUCCAUUUGGAAGACCCAUUUGUGACCAAGCUUUAACUUCCUGACUGAUGUCUUGAGAUGUUGCUUCAAUAUAUCCACAUCAUUUUCCUUCCUCAUGAUGCCAUCUAUUUUGAGAAGUGCACCAGUCCCUCCUGCAACAAAGCACCCCCACAGCAUGAUGCUGCUUCCCCCGUGCUUCACGGUUGGGAUGGUGUUCUUUGGCUUGCAAGCUACCCCCUUUUUCCUCCAAACAUAACGAUGGUCAUUAUGGCCAAACAGUUCUAUUUUUGUUUCAUCAGACCAGAGGACAUUUCUCCAAAAAGGACGAUCUUUGUCCCCAUGUGAAGUUGCAAACCGUAGUCUUGCUUUUUUAUGGCGGUUUUGGAGCAGUGGCUUCUUCCUUGCUGAGCGGCCUUUUAGGUUAUGUCGUUAUAGGACUCGUUUUACUGUGGAUAUAGAUACUUUUGUACCCGUUUCCUCCAGCAUCUUCACAAUAUAUUUGCUGUUGUUCUGGGAUUGAUUUGCACUUUUCGCACCAAAGUACGUUCAUCUCUAGGAGACAGAACACGUCUCCUUCCUGAGCGGUAUGACGGCUGCGUGGUCCCAUGGUGUUUAUACUUGCGUACUAUUGUUUGUACAGAUGAAUGUGGUACCUUCAGGCGUUUGGAAAUUUCUCCCAAGGAUGAACCAGGUCUACAAUUUAUUUUCUGAGUUCUUGGCUGAUUUCUUUUGAUUUUCCCAUGAUGUCAAGGAAAGAGGCACUGAGUUUGAAGGUAGGCCUUGAAAUACAUCCACAGGUACACCUCCAAUUGACUCAAAUGAUGUCAAUUAGCCUGUCAGAAGCUUCUAAAGCCAUGACAUCAUUUUCUGGAAUUUUCCAAGUUGUUUAAAGGCACAGUCAACUUAGUGUAUGUAAACUUCUGACCCACUGGAAUUGUGAGUGAAUUAUAAGUGAAAUAAUCUGUCUGUAAACAAUUGUUUGAAAAAUUACUUGUGUCAUGCACAAAGUAGAUGUCCUAACCGACUUGCCAAAACUAUAGUUUGUUAACAAGACAUUUGUGGAGUGGUUGAAAAACGAGUUUUAAUGACUCCAACCUUAGAGUAUGUAAACUUCCGACUUCAACUGUAUAAGCAACAGCAACAGUGUGUUCAAUUUGGCAAAUGUUCCAAAACUAAUUGUUGUGUGUUCCAGACGGUGAAAGGGGGCUAUUCAGAGACCAGAAUUGAGAAGAGGAUCAUAAUCACAGGAGAUGAUGAUGUUGACCAGGAGCAGGUGAGCAGACUCCAGCUGAAGGACAACAUUAACUCUGUAACACAGUAACCUAUAAGCUAUAGACACAGCAGGGGAUGUGUAGUCUUAAAAGUGUUCAUAGAGUUUUCAUUACUAGACAUACACCAGUCUAGUGAUUCUACAUAGUAAGCAGUUGAAAUGAAUGUCAUAUAAUUUGUUCCUUCACAGGCCCUCGCUAUUGCGAUACAGGAAGCCAAGCAACAGCAUCCAGACAUGUUGGUCACCAAGGCAGUAGUUGUCAAGGAAACAGAAUCAUCCACUGAGGAUCCACAUGGGACAUCUUAGGUACAGGAGUCUGACAGGUUUCUAUUGUGUAUCGAAUCUCCAUAACCUCUUUGCAUGAAAAGUUGGUAGUUCCUUUCAUCUUUUGUCAUAGUUUAAACCAGGGAUUGGCAACUGGUGGCCCCCCAUUUGAAGGCCCUCGGAUCAAUUUGGGGGGGGGGGGGGGGGGGGGGGGGGGGGGACUCAGUCGGGGUCUCAACUAACUGUUGCAAGGUAGAAUAGUAGAAUACACAAGGUGCAAUUUCGAAAUGUGGUUGUGCAUCAACAGUUUUCCUCUUGUUAUGUCAGUCACUGACAGUCACUCAAUUAGCCCAUGUCAGCUAACAUGUUUUAGAUUGGUAAAUUAGUCUAACGGCCAGCUAUCUAGACUUGUAGUAAUCAAGGUGGGGGAGGGGGGCGGGGGACGACGACAACUGCGGCCCCUCAUGAUGAGUUCCGAUUUUGUGGCCCCCACCCCCAUCAAAGUUGCCCAUCCCUGCUUUAAACAAUUAACUGUCUCCUCUCUCCUAUAGUCCUGAUUCCUGGGACAUGAGCGCCCCCCUCAGGAGCAGACCUGUUGGUGCCUGAGCUACCUGAGACCACCACUCUACUGUACCACCCUGACCACUGCUAGUGUGGCUCCGACACACACACACACACACACACA